GUCUUGGCCAGCAGCGAGCCGAGGAGGCCGGCCGGGCGCCCGGACAGACGGAGGGACGCGGAGCCGCCGCCGCCGCCGCCGCUGCAGAGGCCCGACCUUGCGCGCCUUCUCCGGCGAGGAUGAGCCGGGUGUCGUCGGUGGCGGGCGGGGCGCCGUCCUCGCCGCCGUCGUGGCUGCCCAGCCACGUCCAGGUGACGGUGGUGCAGGCGCGGGCUCUGCGCGCCAAGGGCGGCCCGUCGGGCGACGCCUUCGUGGCUCUGCAGCUGGGCGGCCAGAAGUACCGCACGCCGGUGGCGCCGCAGCGGAGCUGGCCGCGCUGGGCCGACGAGUGCGCGCUCCAGCUGCCGCCCACGCCCGGCCCCGACGACGCCGACGACGACCCGGCGCUCCUGCUGCAGAUCACCGUCUGGCAGCGCGCCCUCGUCGGCACCGACCGCUUCCUCGGGCGCGCCGCCGUCCCGCUGCGCCAGCUGCUCCAGCGAGGCGGAUCCCACCCGGACCAGUAAGUGGGGCUGGGAUUGGGGCCUGGGGCUGGGAUGGGGGGGUAAGGCGACUUGGCGAGGGUGCCCCUGAGCCCGCGCAGAGGGCGCCUCUCUCGCCCGGGGACGGGGAAUGGCUCACCAAGGACCAGGAGUGGGGCGGGGUGCUUUUGUUUGGGGCGGCAAGAGUGCCUCUGAGGCCGUGCAGAGCGCGCCUCCGACGCCCUCGGGGGUUUUGCCUGUGGGUCUGCAGUACCCGAGCAUGGGCAGAGCGCCGCGGGAGCCGAGGGCGAGGCAGGAGCGCCGCUCCGCAGCCGCCGUCGAGUUUUCCGUUCUGCAGAGCGCACUGCGGGGUUGCGCGCCGGGUGCGCAAAUGGGGCGGAGGAAAGGGGGCGGCGGCAGCUCCUGCAGUGGGUCGGGAAGGCCAGGUUGGGGGGGGGGGGGCGCGUUGCAUGGACGCCCCGGGUCUCCGAGGCCAAGCCGGGCGAAGUCGACAGCAGCUGGCCCAGCGGGAGAGGCGUCCGCCCGGGUAGCUGCCUUUGCGCUUCCCGGCGGAGGAGAAUUGCAGAGUCACUCUCUUUGCGUCCGGUUCCUGCAAGGAUUGCUCCUUGCACCUCGCAGCCGCGAAGCCUCAGGGCCUGCUCCCCCCCCCGCCCUCCCGGGACCCUCCGGAUGCAACUUUUGGACUGCAACUCCCAUCAGCCCCUGCAAGCCCAUAAGGGGGGGCGCAGUCUGCCAGAGGGGUUCUCUGGGACGCACAAGGCGCCUGGACCCAACCCAAAUGCUCUUUUGGCUGAAACUCUCGGCAGGCCUUAGCUUUGGGGGUCCAGUGUUGGAAGAUUCCCGACAGAGAGAAGAAAGUCCUGGCUGAACUGUGGAACUCCCUCCCACUGGAGGCCAGCAACCUAGAUGGCUUGAAAAAGAAGAUUAGACAAUUAAUGGAGGAGGAGAGAGGGCUUGCCAGCACAACUAGCCACAGGUGUAGAACCUCCACAGCCAGAGGCAGUGAUGCCUCCAAACACCAGUGGCUGGGAUUUGCAGGGGCAGAGUGCUGUUUGGCCGGUGUGCUCCCAGGACGUUUCCGAGCACAAUUCAAAGUAUACCUGAAGGAGCGUCUCCACCCCCAUCGUUCUGCCCGGACGCUGAGGUCCAGCUCCAAGGGCCUUCUGGCGGUUCCCUCGCUGAGAAAAGCCAAGUUACAGGGAACCAGGCAGAGGGCCUUCUCGGUGGUGGCGCCCGCCCUGUGGAACACCCUCCCACCAGGUGUCAAAGAGAAAAACAACUACCAAACUUUUAGAAGACACCUGAAGGCAGCCCUGUUUAGGGAAGCUUUUAAUGUUUGAUGCAUUACAGUAUUUUAAUAUUUUGUUGGAAGCUGCCCAGAGUGGCUGGGGAAGCCCAGCCAGAUGGGCGGGGUAUAAAUAAAUAAAUAAUAAUAAUAAUAAUAAUAAUUAUUAUUAUUAUUCCUGCCGGCAGGAUGCUGGACCAGAGGGGCCAUUGGCCUCGUCCAAUCUUUUCCCAAGGGGUGCUGAGAACGGGACUGAACUUUCCUGCAUUUCAGGAGCCCGAGUGCUGGGUUUGGCACCGCGGUGGUCCAGCUUGCCCAGUUUUGUUCUCUCCCUGGCAAGCGCAGCAGCCCCGUCCCCACUUGUGGUUCUUCAGGUCUUCAGAGGGAUGAGGGAACAUGGCGUUAACAUCAUGAGAACAUAACAACCUUGGAAGACCCUGCAGGAUUAGGCCUGUGGCCCUGGCCAGCCCAGCUCCCUGUUCUCACCAGAUGCCCCAAAAGCAGGUGCCCCCAACUUCGGCCCUCCAGAUGUUUUGGACUACAAUUCCCAUCACCCCUGACCACUGGUUCUGUUAGUUGGGAUCAUGGGAGUUGUAGGCCAAAACAUCUGGAGGGCUGCAGGUUGGGGAUGCCUGCCCCAGAGGGAAACCUGCAAGCGGGAUUCGAACACAAGAGCAACUAUCCCGUCCUCCUGGGGUUUCCAGAAACGGGGAUUCAGAAGCCUGGCUGUCUCUGACGGUGGAGGCCAAGCAAAGCCAUUCUGGCUAGGAGCCAUUCAUAGCCCUCUCCUCCUCCAGGAAUUUGGCCAGUCCUCUUUUAAAGCCACCCAGGCCAUCGCUGCUUCUUGUGGGAGGGAGUUCCAUAGUCAAACUGUGUGCUCUAACUAUGCAACAGACCAAAGCAGCACUGAAGGUCCAGCCAGUCCCGGUUUCCUGGGGUGAGAAAGGCUUCCUGCAGCCGUGGAAAGGCUCAUUUUGGGGAAGGAAGGCAGGCGGCGAGCAUUUCUCCCCCUGUCCUGGUGGGGCAAAGCUCAGCCUCCCCCUCCAGCCCCCUCUUCCUGCUGGGGGGCCUGGGGGACUUCCGGUUGAUCGCGAAGCCGAGAGCAAGCGGGAUCCAGCCCUUAGGGGAGAAUCCAGCUAUUCGGGGGGAAAGGGGGGCAUUGAGGCCUGAGCUUAGGGGGCUCAGCGUGUCAGCCAAGUGGGACUCCUGGUGUGCCCCCCAGGCCAGGAUCCUUUCAUGGCAUCUGCUGGGGGGGGGGGGGAGGAAUGGACUCUAGACUUGCUGUUGUGGCAACCGCAACCUCGGUUUACGGUGCCAUUUGGCGACUGGCUUCUAUAUCUGAGUUUCUAACCCUGGUUUUAAUGUGUUGCAAACCGUUUGGAAAUUAUAAAAUAUAAAGCAGCAUAGAAAUGAAAUUAAUAACAACCCCAGCUGCAAAUUUCGCAGGGGAAAAGGUGCCUAGACAUUCCGUUGUGGCCACAAUGAUAACCUACUUUUAAAAAAAAAGUAUUUUUAUUAACCAAUUUCAACAUAACAAUUUGUCAAUCCUCGUAAUCAAUUACAUUAUUUCCCCCCUUUAUUCCUCUCCCUCAACCCUCCCUCUCCCCCCCCAAAGACUUCCCUCACCUCCCAUCCCUGAUUUUUUUACCUAUCUUGUUUUCUGCAUGCUAUAAAAUUGUACAUAUCCUUGCUUCGUCUAUCAUAUGUUCAACUAAUAAAUGUGUGAAUGUUUAUUCCAAUGAUAACCUGCGCUUAAUGGGCCCUUGGCGAUUAGCUCCUUUCCAGCCCUGGUGUGGAAGAGCCCUUUGAGGUAGCCUGAGAAAGGCCCAGGGUGGCGCUGCCUGCGGGGCCCGGAUAGGACCACCGGGAGCAACCUUCUCCUGAGUCAGGCCCCUGGCUCCAUCUAGUUCAGGGCUGCCUACUCUGGCUGGCAGCAGCGGCUCUUCAGGGUUUCCGGCAGGCUCCUUUCCCAGCCCUGCCUGGAGAUGCUGCCAGUGGGGAUGGGAGAGGGACCCUCUGCUUGCUGCCCCUGAGGCUGCGGCCCUUGCCCACUCUGGGGCACCCCUCACCCGCCUGUAGCCUUCCUGCCAUGGGGGCUGUUGAAAUAUCCUUUGCUGGUGACUAGCUGAGUUUUGGGAGGUGAAGAAGCUUCCUCUCGCUUGCCUGUCAGCUGUCUAAUAAUAAUAAUAAUAAUAAUAAUAAUUUAUUUAUACCCCACCCAUCUGGCUGGGUUUCCCCAGCCACUCUGGGCGGCUCCCAACAGAAUACAGUGGUACCUCGGGUUAAGAACUUAAUUCGUUCUGGAGGUCCGUUCUUAACCUGAAACUGUUCUUAACCUGAAGCACCACUUUAGCUAAUGGGGCCUCCAGCUGCCGCUGCACCGCCGGAGCACGAUUUCUGUUCUCAUCUUGAAGCAAAGUUCUUAACCCGAGGUAAUAUUUCUGGGUUAGCAGAGUCUGUUACCUGAAGCGUAUGUAACCUGAAGCAUAUGUAACCCGAGGUACCACUGUACUAAAAACACGCUAAAACAUCAAACCUUAAAGACUUCCCUAAACAGGGCUGCCUUCAGAUGUCUCCUAAAAGUCAGAUAGUUGUUUAUUUCCUUGACAUCUGACGGGAGGGCAUUCCACAGGGUGGGUGCCACCACCGAGAAGGCCCUCUGUAUUGGGAGCACCUGUGUUUUGCAAGGGAGAUCCGUUCCGCUCCCUCUCCCACCUGAGGAGCCGCCUUGAUCCGAAGGGGCGUUUGAUGUGCAAAACGGAUCGUGGGCGACAGGAGACGGCGGCUCUGACAUCCCUUUGGGGAGCUGCUCAAAGACCCGGCGCAGCUCAAAGGAAGACGUUCUCGUGACCCAAAUACUUUGUGCAGGUUUGCUUCAUUCGCGCAGCUCUGCCCCAAGGCUGAUAGAAAUUCUACGUAGCAAUUUCAUCUUAGAAAAAAUAACGCUGAGUUCUGUGCCCGGUGCCAAAUGUUGAAGCUGUUGAGAGGCACAUGAGUCCCAGCAUAGUCUAGGACAGCCUUUCUCAACCUGUGGGUCCCUAGAUGUUGUUGAACUACGACUCCCAUCACCCCUAGCUAGCAAGGCCAGAGCUCAGGGAGGAUGGGAGUUGUAGUCCAACAACAUCUGGGGACCCACAGGUGGAGAACCACUGGUCUAGGAGAUGCUUUUGGAACUCAAGUAGCCAAAGGAAGUUGACUCCCUAUGGGGCAGGCGAGCCUUUCAUUUGCCAGGGGUGUGGAGCCUUCCUGCUCCUGCCCUGUGACUGAGAGCCUGCUUUAGCCCUGCACACCUCACUGCAGGAACGUUGUCAAUUUGGUUAGCAAACUGCAACACACAACCUCUUUGGGUCUCUGUGUGUCCCUUGUGUCUUCAUAAUAUCUUAAGGGUCAGGGGCUUCCAGAGAUGUGGAAAGGCCUGUUGGUGGGACCCCCGUGGGAAGGUUUAGGAGUCUGCAAGGCCCACCCUGCAUUCAUCAGAAUGGGGGCUCAUUGGCAGAGCGCCCAGCUUCAGUCCCCAGUGGCAGCAUCUUCUCCAGGCAGGAUGGGAACGUCCCCUGUCUGAAACCCCAGACAGCCUCUGCCAGUCAGUGUCUGGAGGCAGUUGGAUGGCAGCUAACGGAUUGAGGUUGAAUCCUGACAAGACAGAAGUUCUGUUUUGGGGGGACAGGAGGCGGGCAGGUGUGGAGGACUCCCUGGUCCUGAAUGGGGUAACUAUGCCCCUGAAGGACCAGGUGUGCAACCUGGGGGUCAUUUUGGACUCACAGCUGUCCAUGGAGGCGCAGGUCAAUUCUGCGUCCAGGGUGGCUGUUUAUCAGCUCCAUCUGGUACGCAGGAUGAGACCCUCCUUGCCCGCGGAUUGUCUGGCCCGAGUGGUGCAUGCUCUAGUUAUCUCCCGCUUGGACUACUGCAAUGUGCUCUCUGUGGGGCUGCCUUUGAAGGUGACCCGGAAACUACAACUAAUCCAGAAUGCGGCAGCCAGACUGGUGACUGGGAGCAGCUGCCGAGACCACAUAACACAUGUCCUGAAAGACUUACAUUGGCUCCCAGUACAUUUCCGAGCACAAUUCAAAGUGUUGGUGCUGACCUUUAAAACCCUAAACGGCCUUGGUCCAGUAUACCUGAAGGAGCGUCUCCACCUCCAUCGUUUUGCCCAGACGCUGAGGUCCCGCUCCGAGGGCCUUCUGGCGGUUCCCUCUCUGCAUGAAGCCAAGUUACAGGGAACCAGGCAGAGGGCCUUCUCGGUAGUGGCGCCCUCCUUGUGGAACGCCCUCCCAGCAGAUGUCAAAGAGACAAACAACUGUCUGACUUUUAGAAGACAUCUGAAGGCAGCCCAGUUUAGGGAAGCUUUUAAUGUCUGAUGCUUUAUCGCUUUAUUAUUAUCAUCAUCAUCAUCAAUAUCGUUAUCAUUAAUUCUGUUGGAAGCUAGGGAAACCCAGCCAGAUGGGCGGGGUAUAAAUAAUAAAUUACUCCUACUACUACUACUACUAGGUGUGCCGGUGGCCUGACUCUGUAUAAGACAGCUUUGUAUGUUCAGAGUCAGUUGUGUUUCCUCUGCCAUUGUGGGAUCCCAGGUGCCUCAGCUCUGUGUGCCUGUGAGAGUAGACUUGAGGGCUUCCUCUUGGGACCCUCAAUGUCCAUGUUGUUUGUUCCAGGACGAGUCCUGGAGCCCACCAGCCCCUCUCCAAGACAGCUGCCGCCUUGUGCUUGCAGUGAGCAUAGUGUCUGUGCUGUCUCCCUCACCAGAGUUGGGGGGCCUUGCGUUGAUGGGCUAGCCGUGGUCCUUGCCCCGAGCUCAUGCAAUUCCUCUCUGGCCUAGGCUUCAGCUGGAGGAAGGGCUUAAUCCUGGAAGCCAUUAUUCAGUGGCCUGAUCCAGGCCCCCCAAAUCUCUCCUUCCUUGGAGGUUUCCAAGCAGAGGUUGGGUGGAGUUUCCUGCAUUGGGGUGGGGGGCUGGACUGGAUGACCUUUGGGGGUCCCUUCCAACUCUUAAAAUUCUAUGAUUCUAUGUCCGGCAGUCAGCAAGAAGCGUGCGUCAGAGCCAGUGCCCUGCUGAGCAAGCAGCCAGUUGAUCUCUCUUCCCUGCCUUGCAUCCGGAGGGAGAAACUUUCAAAUUGUCUUUAUUCCUUCAAAAGGCUUUAAACUCACUUCCUUCCUUCCCACCGCCAGCAAUUUUCUCAUGGCAGCUACUAAUUGGAGGAAUACAGACAAAAACAUACGGGCAAAAGCCAUACUGGACAAGGCAAAACCCGUAAGCACCAGCCUGGUGACAGAUUAAAAACACGAGCUUCUGUUUGUAAUGUCAUGCAUAUCCCGGCUUUGGCCUGGGCUUUUAGGGAGGGCAGUGCCUGCAUUUUGCAGGGUGGGGCUUGAGGGGCCUGGGUUGGGCAGAGGGGCCCUGCAAAAUGCACCCCCCAUGCCCUCACCCACAAGUUUGUAGAACUCCUGGCUGCUUUGUCAGCAGACUGGGGUGGAAGUAGUCCUGGGUGUCCUUGCAACCAAGCCCUGCUCCUCCAUUCUCUCCUGACUCAACAAAAACAGCUUUCCUGUCGGGUUGGCCUUCCUGCAAACCGGCCAAUGUUUCCAUGCGACCAGAUAAUCUCCUUCGUCCUUUGCAAGCAGGUUUCCACCAGCGCAUCUGCCUGGUUCCGUUUUGCAUUCUCUCGCUCAAAACCUACCCUGCAUGUGUUUUCCUAGCUUACGACCUGUUCCUUUCCUGCCUUGGUAGCGCAGGAGUUUGUCUUGGGUCCUGCUUGCUCCGCUGGGUGUCCUUGGCGUGGGCCCAGCGCCCCUCCUGCACCCCUGGCGUGUGGCUCCCCAGCUGACGUGGGCCUGGUGCGCAGCCUCUGCCUCUUGCCCGCCUGCGCGUGAAGAAGGGGCUGGUGGUGGGAGCAGCAGUGCCACUCGGGGAGCGCAUCUGUGUCUGGGGCAAGGGAGCCCUUGACUUCAGUCACAAAAAUGUGGGUUUACAGGGUUUGUGCCUGUGAGCUGCCUUGGGAUGAAAUAAAUGGCUUUCAGCAGGUGGAAGCAUUGCAGGGGGUUAGACUGGAUGACCACAUGGGUUCCUGCCAGAUCUGCAAUUCUCUGAACCUUGAGGCAUUUAACUCUCGUAUGGGGCUGUGGUUGGUCUCAAGUUGUUGGCCUCCAGUUCCCAUCAGCCCAGUAGCUGGAGGGCACCAGGAAUGUACUGCUUUGGUUUUUAAUUCUGCCUUUUGUCUGUUAAGACCGCAGAGCGUCUCACAGCACAUAAUCUCAUAAAAUGCAAAGGCCCCAUAACAUGGAAUUUGAAACCCGUAUACCGAAAACAUCAUAUGCUGCAGAAAGUGUCCCCAACUCCAGCGUGUGGCCCCCACCCUCCUGCAGCGGCCGAGAGCCUGAGUGAGUAAAAAGGCUUUGAGCUGGUGUUGGCACGUCAAGGGAUGGCAGGAUGGGGGCCUUGUUCUAGGAAGCGCUUCCGUUCAGCGACAGCAAUGCUAGGUUGGCGGAGAGAGCUCUUGUGCUCUGGUCCUGCUGUCGUGUUUCCCACACAGGUAUCCAGCUUCGAAAUUCGCCAGGCGCAUUUUGGACCUGGCCAUCGGCCACUUGUGAGGAAGCGAAGAUGCCUGGGCGCCCGGCGUCUCCCUCACCUGGAGGCGCACACCUGGGGAUCAUUGGAUUCUAACUGUUUCCACACACCCAACACCCCGUCCUGUAGAAUUCUAUCCUUUGCGUUUUACCUGCACGAUCAGAAUGAACUUCAGGAACCAAACAGUCAUCUUGGAAAAUACGACUUUCUAGCCGUCUGUCCCAAAAAUGGCAACUAGGCACUCUGCUUUGGCGACUGCCACCCUGGCUUAAGGCACUAUUUGGUGCCCGGCUGAUAUAUAUGAGGUUCUACUGCAGAUAUCUGGUUGGCCACUGAGGGAGCAGGAUGCUGGCCCUGAUUCCGCAGGCUCUUCUCAUGUGUGUAUCCCAUUCCUUGGAGGGGCUUGAGGGGGCUUCUGCUCUGACAAAAGGCCCGAGCUUCGAGGCUGCUUUGGGGCUGUGUGUGGGGUGAUUGUGGAGGCUCGGGUGUGUUUGGCCAGGAGGCCGAGGCCUUGGCAUUUGGGCAAAGCAGGCUGCUGGCUGGCUGGCUGGCUCCUUGGCGUCUCUUCCAGCUGUGCUGCUUCUGGGGGCUCCUCAGUGGGAGGACUCUGGCCAGGCCUGCUUGCGGGUCAGAAUGAAGCUUCAGAGCCGUGACGCUCAAGAGUCCUUCCGUUCUGCCCCUGCGGGGUGGAGGAGCAGGGGAGAUGUACAAGGCGAUGAUAAUGUUGCACACCCAAUGUGCUUUCAAGGUCUGCAGCUCCUGUCUGGCUCAGCAGCUUCCGCAGGGAUCGCUGGGCUGGCAUUUUUGCAGUCAAAACCACAGGAGGGUCUUGGUGUCACCUUGAAGGCUAACAGAUGCAGGGGGGUCCUGGCGCAGAGUUUUGUGCACUGAGCUGUUCCUGGAGACCCCCGGCUUCCCAGCCACCGACCGAUGAGCUAAUACGCUGGCCUGAAUGGUUGAGAAAGUGGUGACCCUUGGGAAUCACUUCCAACUCUUUGACCCUGUAGUAGGUAUUGUUGCGGCUGGGAUAUUGUUUAGGGGGUUCUGUUGAGGGGUGGUUGCUAUUAUUAAUUUUUGUGCCUUUGUUUUAUAUCAUGAUUUAUGUGGAAACCUUCAGUUUGGUUAUGUACUUUGCGAUGUUUUAUUUCUUGUUUAUGACUACUUUUGUCAUGUGUUUUUGUAAGUCUCCUGGAGCACGGCUUGGACCCUGGAAAGGCGGCCUACAAAAAGGUGCUCGUGUGUUUGUGUGUGGCCACAAUCCAUUCCACCAGAUGACUCUGGUCUAGGGAAGCUUCUGCUGUGACCCAUUCCCGGGUCCCUCAAGGCCUGCCAGGGACUCUGCGUUUGGUGUGGCUGCGAUUCUCCUGACUUCCUCAGUGGGCUAAUGGAUCUGGUCCAAAUCUUUCCCCAGCCUCUGUGCCGGGAAAGUGGGACAUGCACCUCCCGGCUCUCGCCAACCAUCGAUUUUCCUUGGCACACAUGCAAUGCAAUGCGGAAUAUUUUCUUGGCAGGAUUUGCCCCCGGGGGAACCCCUUGCGCUUUAAGUCUCCUGACCGGCAAGGCUCCCGUGGAAAGUGGAGGGCGGUUGCUACCUUGAGCUGGGGGAUGAUGGCUGAAGUAGCCCCCUCCCCAAAUGUGGCUGGUCUCUGCUUGCUUCCUUGCAGUUCCUUGCCCCCCCAUGCGCAAGCAUCGUAAGCCAAGUAUUGAUGUGCCUUGACUGCUGCAGUUGAUGGCAAAGUCCACCAGAUCUGCAGCUUGUUUGAGUCUGGGGGCUCCCGAGAGUCUUAGGGCAGAGGCUGGCUCUCUGGCCUUCAUCUUGCUAGGCUGGGAUGUGCGCACAUGCGCUCCUUGCAACCGACCUGUGGGGGCCACCGGAUCUGAGUGUGCAGCCUUGCAGGCGACUGUAAAGACAGUGAAGGCCACUUCCAAUCAUUUGUGAGCAGAAAGAAACUGCCCUUGCAGCUUCCUGGACCAGCAGCCGGGAGGCCUUUCUGGCCAGAGGCCAUGGGGCAACUUGUAAGCUGGAGUGGAAGCCCACUGAGGUUGCUCUUUUAGGAGUGAUGAGUUGUGUAUAAGUAAAAUAAAGUUAACCCCUUCCUAUGGGCUGAAGAAUUAAUAUUUAAUUAAUAUUUAUGGCAUCUGAAGAAGUGUGCAUGCGCACGAAAGCUUAUACCCAGAACAAACUUAGUUGGCCUCAAGGUGCUACUGGAUAAUUUUUUAAUGUGUUAUUAAAAGGUGUGUCUUACACCUUUUUCUUGAUGUCAUAAUCAAACCUAAGUAACAGCAAAAUGCUGCUAGCACUAAAGGAAAGCUGGCGGGUUGGGCAGAGGAGUAAUAACGAUUCCACCCUAAAUUCCUUCUUAAAGGCCCCUGACGCUUGAAGACGGGAUGGGGGGGCAUUCCCCAGUUGGGUGCCACCGCCCUUCGUUCCCACCCAUUGCCCUUCAGGCUGCUGCAACUAUGAGCCCAGUUUCGCUUGGUGUGGAUGAGAUCAGUCAGGGAUGCUUAAUUUGAUGGGUGAUGUAAACACCUGCUGCAUAAUGUUACGCGUAGCUGAGCUGAACUGACUUGUUGCAACUUAAUCAGGUUGUGCGUUCAGCCAAGACAGGACUAGCGCAUGUGGUCUCUGCAGGUGUGCUGAGACUCCCUUCAUCCCAGGUAGCCUGGCUGGUGGAUGGGGGUUUGAGGGGGGAAGCUUUAGUCCAGCAGCUUCCAGGGGGCACCACGUUGGCUGCCCCUGAGCCAAGAUGCAUUUUGUACCCCCUCCUGAGUCAUUGCUGCUUCUCCAUAGGUUGUGUGUCUGUGUUUUUAAAGACAUGUCUUUUAUGGUUGUGUUAUCUAAUCAAUAACAGGGCGAGCUCCCGUUGCUUUGUCCCAGCUCCUGCCUGUGAAAGUACACCAGCGCAAGUAGAUAAAUAGGUACUGCUGUGGCGGGAAGCUAAACGGCGUUUCCGUGCGCUCUGCCACUCGUCACAGUGUCUCGUUGUGCCAGAAGCAGUUUAAUCCUGCUGUCCACAUGAUCCGGAAAACUGUCUGUGGAGAAACGCCGGCUCCCUUAGCCUGAAGUGAGAUGAGCGCUGCAACCCUAUAGUCGCCUUUGACUGGACUUAACCGUCCAGGGGUCCUUUGCCUUUCUUUUACCUUGUUAUCUAAUACCUGAAACCUGAGCAUUUCUUAUGAAAUGAGAAGGUGGGAUUAAAAAUUAACCAUAAAUAAUGCUUCCAGAAAUCCUAUUGAGUGCAUCUGCUUGAUGGGUCUGAUCUGGCUUUUUACCCAAAAAAUGCAUUGUCCAUUUUUCUGUUUACACAUCGUACGAUUUCCAUGAUACAAAAUUUCUCUAGAGACUUCCCAGCCCAGCACUCUGUGGCCUUCCAGAUGCGCCUGACUUUUGCUGCAUAUUUGUUAAUUUUCUCCUUCCUUGGGGCUCUGAUCUUAUCCUGGUUCCGCAGCAGGGAGCUUACCUGCCUACAGAAUGUGCUGGUGGAGCCACGGGGGAUGCCCAGGACAGAGAUUCUGGUCAACAUGCAAGUUUCCUCUCUGCAAAACACCCAGAAAUGAGCCGAACCCAGCUAGCACUGCCGGGUGGAUCACACCCUCUCCAUUCAAUUCAGUGAAUUGAACAGGGGCGCCCCUGGAUGUUUUCCCUCCCUCCCUGUCCAUCUGUCCGUGUUGGAGGAGGAGGAGGAGCAAACUCUCCCGCUGCUUCGGUCGGUCAUCAAAGGGGAUUGUUCCGGGUGGCACAGCUGCCCCUCGCCUGGGAAUGGAAAUGUCAUUCUUCGGAGUGAUCCCUCUGCUGUGUGCUGCAGAUAAGUCGGCCUGGUCUCUGGCCUUGGCUGCUGCUGCUGCUGCUGGCGCUGGCCCGGCCGCCUCCUUGUUUUGACCCAGCAUGAAAGAUCUGCAAACAGGCUGCCCGACUGGAGCUUGGCAGGCAGAGCCCGGCUGUGUCUGCAGAGAGGAGGACGGUUCUGGCUUUCCAUCUCCUCCUCCUCCUAAUGGGGCUGUUGGGCAGACUAAUGCGCUUCCUGUGUGCCUUGCAAAAUGAGUCUGGCUGGCAGAGCCGGAGAAGCAGCCGAAGCCCAACUCGCUUAUUCCCCUCGCGUGGCGAAGGGCUUUGUCUGAACUGUCAAGAAGAUGGAUUGAGUCUCCGCGUUAGGGAGAGCUCCCUAGGAGCACUUUGGAGGCGGGAGAAGCAGCCUUUGCCGCCUCCUUGGGGGGUUUCCGAAGGGCCAGGGCUUCUCAUGAGCAUCGGGGUCCUUUCAGAAUCCGAGGGUCCAGGCGCAUCAAGACCAGCGAUGCUUCCCUCCUCCCUUAGGGGCCCACACUUGGAGAGAGGGAUGCAGGGACCGCAGCCAAGCACAUCAGUUGACAUUCGAUGACCGCAAUAGUCCUCUGGCAACGAGGACCACAUGGAGUGUGGGGUGGGUGGGCCCCAAUUUGCACCUUGCUCUUACUUCUGUGUUGGCAGGAGCAGCUGAUCCUUGCAGGGUCUGGGAUGCGUUUGGACUCGGCCCUGAAGAAGCCGCUUGUUGCUUCCUCACCCUGCCUACCGUAUUUUUCGCUCCAUAAGACGCACCUAGUUUUUAGAGGAGGAAAACAAGAAAAAAAUAUUCUGAGCGAAACAGUGGAUGUAUGGUUUUUGUGGAUCAUGCUCUGGCCACAGACAUGAUAUGUGAUUUGACGGUUAGUUUGGGGUAGCCCAAUGCAAAAAUCCUGAGGAUCCAUGUGGAUCCGUGCUUUGUAACCACGUUUUUGCACCAUUGCGGCCCCACGAAACAGUGGAUGCCUGGUUUUUUUGGUGCAGGCUAUGUGAUCUGAUGGAGAAUGUGGGGUGACCCAGUGCAAAAAUCCUGAGGAUCUAUGUGCUUUUACCUCCCCCCUCCCAGGUGGCCUCCUUUAUCGCUAGAGUCCCUUAUCUCCCCUCCUGAUCGCUUGCUGAUCAGCGGCUUUGUUUCAACACCCCCUUCCCUCUUUCUAAAAAAGAAAGCACGAUCUGCUUUUUGCCCCUGGGCAAUUCGGCUCCAGGGACCACACAUUCACUCCAUAAGAUGCACAGACAUUUCCCCUUACUUUUUAGGAAGAAAAAGGUGUGUCUUAUGGAGGAAAAAAUAUGGUAAUUCUCUGCACCAAAGUCUGAAUUUUCCCCAGCAAAAAGGACUCUGUUUUUUUUGGAAAAGUAAGGUAAAGGUAAAGAUAAAGAGACCCUUGACCAUUAGGUCCAGUCGCGGACGACUCUGGGGUUGCAGCGCUCAUCUUGCUUUACUGGCUGAGGGAGCCGGCGUACAGCUUCCGGGUCAUGUGGCCAGCAGGACUGAGCCGCUUCUGGCGAACCAGAGCAGCGCACGGAAACGCCGUUUACCUUCCCGCCGGAGCAGUAUCUAUUUUUCUACUUGGACUUUGACGUGCUUUGGAACUGCCAGGUUGGCAGGAGCAGGGACUGAGCAACGGGAGCUCACCCCGUCGCGGGGAUUUGAACCACCGACCUACUGAUCGGCAAGUCCUAGGCUCUGUGGUUUAACCCACAGCACCACCCACGUCCCAUUUGGAAAAGCACUUUUCAACAUUUGUUUCUGAUUCCUUAUGUUCUUAUCCCCAGGUCCCCCAGCCUUCGCUCCUUUUCAUCCCCAUGAUCUGAACAGCUGCAUCAAAGACCCCCCCCCAAACACUGGGCUCCUCAUCUCUCCCUGUUCCCAUUUCAGGCCCUUCCUGCCUCUGGGGGAGAUGGAGGGCAGCCCUCCCUGCGUCUGGGGCCAGGGAGUCUGGCUUGCUCCCCUCAGCCCUGCCUGGGGGGCGCCCUCCGUGGCCCCUCCUGUUCCUCUUUCCUCCUGCUGUUCAAAGGCAGGCUGCCUCCCCACUUUCCUUCCUCCUGGGGUCCCUGCAGGAGGACCCUGUGGGUGUCGCAAUCGCCCUCUUCCUUGCCCCGCCUGGGCGGCUGUGGUGCAAUCUUUGCACGGGGACGGAGGCUGCUGCAAGACCUCCUUUCCGACUCUGUGGGCAGAGAGGUUUCCUGGCGCUGUCGAAACCCACCACCACCCAGCGAGAUCUUGGGGCGAGGGAGGGAAUCGGCUCUGGGAAGCCUUUGAGCCACUUUCCGUCCCAGGAGGGCUCCUGGGAUUCCUGCUGCCAGGAGGGUCUUGAGAUCUUCCAAAUGGGGGCAUUUUCCUUAGCUGAUGCCUCAGCUAGGGUGGGCAUCCUUGCUGAAGGGUUAACCCUCUCCUCCCCUUGUGGUGGGGAAACUUUCUGUUUAUUUUUACUUAAAAAAAGAGAAGCUUUUAAUUCAGUUUUUUGCAAAAGAGCUGAAGGGUUAACUUGAGCCCAGGGGCACCUGUGUCGGCACCAGAGCUCCAGACAGAGCUGGCGUUCUAGGAGACCUGCACGUUCCUGCAUUGGAACCUGCACGUUCCUGGGUUGGACUAGAUGACCCUUGGAGCCCUUUGGAGCUACAAUUCUAAUUCCCUCCCGGUAUGCCCCACAGAGGACCUUAAGGUCCAUACAUAGCAACACCCUAGAGGUCCCGGGCCCUAAGGAAGUCAGACUAGCCUCAACCAGAGGCAGGGCCUUUUCAACACUGGCCCCGGCCUGGUGGAACGCUCUGUCUCAUGAGACCAGGACCCUGCAGGAUCUGAUUUCUUUCUGCAGGGCUUGUAAGACAGAGUUGUUCCGCCUGGCCUUUGGCUUAGAAUCAACUUGAUCCCCUUCCCCUCUUUCCUUUCUCCUUCUGUGAUGGAACUCCUGUUUGGGGACUUCCCUGGCUUUUUUCUGGCCCACGUAGGACCAGUCUGGAUAGUUGGCCUUGGUGAAGACUUGACGUUUUCAUCCCCAAAAAAGUUUUUGAGUUUCCACUGAAAUAAGGCUGCAUUUUAAUGUUUUUAUGUUGUAUUUUAAUCUUGUUUUUUAAUCUGUAUUUCAAUCAAUUGUUUUUAUAUUGGUGUUAGCUGCCCUGAGCCCAGUCUUGGCUGCGGAGGCAGGGUAUAAAUAAAAUUAUUAUUAUUAUUAUUAUUAUUAUUAUUAUUAUUAUUGUGACCCCAUCCUCAUUUGCUGGCUCCCUGGAGUGGAAAGCACACUGACUAGGUGCAGGUGGCACUUUCUUGCACGGGGGUUCAGUUCUGUGGGUUCCACAAAACCCCCGUAUUACCCAAACCUUUGGAGCCCUACCCCGUGGCUAGUGGGUGAAGAGGGGGACGCCCCUCUCUCCCCCUGGGCAUGACAGUGAUGCCUAGGAGGUGUAGUUGGGGCUGCUCCCCCCACGCUCCCUUCUCAUAGGCGGCAAGUCGUCGCUUGAUGUCGCCGCCAGCUGGUGAUGGCACAGAUCUGCACCAGCGUCUCUGGGGAAUCUGCGGCUGAGACUUCCGCAUUGCAGGGGGCUGGAGUAGAUGAUCCCUGGGGUCCACCCCACCUUUGAAAUUUUAUGCUUCUCUACUCUCUUUUUUUAAAAUCAUUUUUAUUGAUUUUCCAAUAAAAAACAUCCAAUUAAUAUAUCCAAUCGUAAUACUCCAGUAAAAAUAAAAAAUUAAAAUAAAAAAUUAGAGUCCAAAUUAUAAUUAUUCUCUACUCUCGGUUCGUGUCCUGCCUCCCUGCUAUGGCACUGGGUAGAUCUCAGUUUAAGAAUCCUUGGAUACAGUGGUACCUCUGGAUAUGAACGGAAUCUGUUCCGGAGCCCCAUUCGCAUCCAGAAGCAAACAUAACCCGUGUCUGCGCAGGUCAUGAUUCGCUGCUCCCACUCCCGCGCAUGACGUCAUUUUGACCGUUUGUGCAUGCGUGAGCGGCGAAACCCGGAAAUAACACAUUCUGUUACUUCCAGGUUGCUGUGGAGCACAUCCUGAAAGUGCUCAACUUGAAGCAUACCGUAUUUUUUGCUCCAUAAGGCGCACCGGACCAUAGGGCCUACCUAGUUUUUAGGGGGGGGGAAUCCGCUUCUCCCAGAGCUUCUGGGGCUGUCAGAGGAAGCCUGGGAAUACCCCCCCCAACCCCAAAGAGCAAAGAAGCCAAGACAGCUAGUGGGAUGGAUCCCACUCGCUGUCUUGGCUUCCUCUUUAGCCGACCCCAGCCCCCAGAACAGGUCAGGGAGCGGCGGUCCCUUCUCCCUCCUGGGGAAAAGCCCGCAAGAGCCGCGUGAAGCUUGUGUGCAGCUCUUGGGGGCUUUUCCUGCCUGCCUCCCCCCUGCAUUCGCUCCAUAGGAUGCAAAGACUUUUCCCCUUAGUUUUUAAGAGGGAUAACGUGCGUCCUAUGGAGUGAAAAAUACGGUAUUUAACCCAAGGUAUGACUGUAUUUUCCUCUUAUCUCAUGGGAUGUUGACUUCCUUGAACACACGAAGCCCCCCACUAAGGUGGACAAAGGCCUGCUGUGCAGGGACUGGGGGGGGGGGAUGAUGACCUCCACCUGCAGGGCCAACCUUUAGCAAGUCCUCUUCUGGUGGGUGAGGGGUCCUGAAGAGCAGCCCCCCUCUCUGCAGGGGCUGAUAGGGAAUGUUCAGAGGCAAGUGGAUGCCGUAGUUUUCUCUGAAUGCCGGGGAAUUGCAAGUGCGGAGAGGAUUCUUGUGCUGAUGUCUCUCUUGUGAGUUUCCCACGAUGGGCAUCUAGUCCGCUGUUGUCAGAACCAGAUGCUGGACCAGAGGGGCUGCACACAACUCUCUCUCUCUCUCUCUCUCUCUCUCUCUCUCUCUGCAAUUCUUCCAGGCCUCUCCUCUUUGCCUUGUGUGUGUGUUUGUAACUUGAAGCCUGUGAAAUCAUCGGCUGCCAAUGCUUGGCAUCCUCUUCAGGGCAUUCCAGGCCCACCAGGCCGGACUCUGCUUCUCCCCUUUCCUGGCAUUUCCUUUGGGGGCUCAGGGCUGCCUGCCGUGUCGCCUUCUGACGCCGGUGCAGCACCUUAUUCCGCAGGUGCGUCCCGGUUCCCGCAGUGCCCCCCUCACUCCUCCUCUUGGGGUUCAUGCAAAGCGCCACUUUCCCACGGCGCCUCUCCUCCCCGUCAUGUUUGGUGCUAAGCUCCAAAGCCCAGGCAUGUGAGCAGACAAUGGGCGGCUGUUCAGGGCUUAAGGCACUUGUGCGUCGGCUCUGGUGGGACGGGGGGAGGCGGGGAGGGCCCCCCCCCCCAGACUCAGAAGGGGGAAGCCCCUCGCCUGUGCUCAGAUGAUGUGUGUGUGGCUUGGAGGCUGUGAGCCCCUGGACGUUGCAGCAAUGGCCUGGGGGGGGGCAAUUGGACCCUGUCUUCACCCGUGGGAGAAGAGUGUGCCUGUGUGUCUCUGUGGGAGUCUGUGUUCUUGCUGUGUGGGCUGCUGUUGCUGCUCUAGAUGUGAUUUCUGCUGAUGGCAGGAGACGUUUUGCAAACUGCAGGAAAGAGGCAGGCCUCUUGGAAGGAGGGGGGGCGCCAGGGGGCUGCGACUGCAGAGGAAGGGUCUUCUUCCUGUGAGGCUUGCAACACUGAAAAAGGUACUAUGAUGCAUAUAUGGUGGAAUUGUUUAAACAUCAAACAGUUUUGGGAAACAAUAUAUAAUGAAAUGAAAAAAAAUGUUUAGAUAUUCAUUUAGGAAAACAUCAGAAGGUUUUCUAUUGGGAAUAGUACCAGGAAGUUUAAAGGAAGAAGACAAGACAUUAUAUUUAUACGCAACAGUAGCCGCAAGGCUAUUGAUUGUGAAAAAUUGGAAAAGUGGUACUAUACUGACAAAAACAGAGUGGCUUGCCAAAUUAUUGGAGUAUUACAAUAUAUCCAAAACAAUGGGAGAAAUCGGAAGGAUCUCAAAAGAGAAGAUAGACAAGGAGUGGAAGGUGUUUAAAGGAUACUUGCAAAAUCAUAUUGAAAAAUCAGAACUCCUAUUAGAAUAGACAAGUUCCGUUAUAAGUACUGAAAUGCUAAAUAAGAUGGAUAACAAUGUGUAACAGAAAAAGAAGUAGAAAAUUGGUUUAAAAGUGUGUGAAAGAAAGUAAUAGAAGUGAAAGAAAUUGUAAUUGAGUAGAUUGGAAGUCUAACACAAGUAGGAAGUAUCUGUGGGAUUGAGGGGGGUAUGUCUGAAUAUUUUUAAGGAUUGUAUGAAAUGUAUAUUUGUAAUAUGUAUGUAUUAAUGCUGAAUUAUUUUAAUAAUAAAAUAUUUGUGUUUAAAAAAGAGAAAGGAAAGGAGAGAGGCUCCAUCCAGCCUUCUGCUGGGCUCUCCAGGAGCGUGUGGGAGUUUGCAGAAAGACUCCCUGGAAUGCCCUGGAGGCCGGUCUGCCGCCUCCCUUCGCCCACCAGCAGCUGCCGGCUGGGUGUGCUGCAAGCGCCCCUCCCUUCCUGCCCCCCCUUUCUGCUUGGACUAAGUUCUGCUCACUGGCGUAAGGAGCCUGCGCACUUUGCUCUGAGGUCAGCGGUUGGGUUUUUUUGCUGAGAGCAGCAUAUUUCGGCAAGGAGGGAGGGGGUGGGCCAGCGAGCGGGGCUUCCCCCUGCCGCUGGAAACUCUCCUCCAGCCCCCACCCCAGCCCAGUCUGCCUUCAGAGCAGUCCGGCGGAGCUGCCCCUUCAGUUUCAGACUUCUCCCACUGUUUGAGGGCACAGGAGAAGGUUUUUUGGGUUGUUGUUUUUUGAGGACCCAGGGUUUGUUUCCGAACUCUGGCUGUGUUCAGAUGUCAGGCUAAACCACGGUUCAUCGCAGGGGGUUGCUCAGUCCCGCAAAGAUCACCCGUGUUGAAGCGAUGAUUCUUCAACAUCAACUUCGUUGGACUGGUCGUGGUGUGCGGAUGCCUGAUGAUUGUCUUCCAAAGCAACUACUCUUUUCUGAACUUAAAAAUGGAAAGCAUAAUGCUGGUGGUCAACAAAAGAGGUUUAAAGACUCUCUCAAAGCAAAUCUAAAAAAAGUAGUAUAAACAACAAUUGGGAAACAUUGGCCUGCGAGCAAUUGGAGAAUAUUAUUAUUAUUAUUAUUAUUAUUAUUAUUAUUAUUAUUAUAUACCCCACCCGUCUGACUGGGUUUCCCCAGCCACUCUGGGUGGCUCACAACAGAAUAUUAAAAACACAAUAAAACAUCAAACAUUAAAAACUGGGCUGCCUUCAGAUGUCUUCUAAAAGUCAGAUACAGUGGUACCUCGGGUUAAGAACUUAAUUCGUUCCGGAGGUCAGAUAAGGCCCCUGAAACGGACUUUGGACAUGCCUGCUCUAUUGUAUUUAUCUCGAAGUCUUCCCGUUAAUUUUUCCAUUUCGUCGUAUUCCAUCGGUUUUCCUUGCCGUUCUUCUUUAGUUGGUAUUUCAGUACUUUUCCGUCUUUGUGCUAGCAAUGUCCUCGCCGCGGUUGCAGCAUACAUAAACAGUUCUUUUCUUCUCUUUCGGGACGGGAAGUUCUGCAAGGUGCCAUCGUUACGUGGCCAGGGCUGCCUUAUCUGUCUGUCCGUCUGGCUGGCUGGCUGGCUGCCUUCCCCUGCCUGCUUGCCCACCCCCUGCAAGUUCUGCCUUCAUAGGCGAAGGGGGGGGGGCAGAGGGCGGACUUGAGAGUCGGUUGUGGGAUCACAAACCUGCCUGUCUUCCCUGGCUGCCUGGCCCUGUCCUGUCCUUUGCCCAGGCGGGGGGCCAAGACGUCCCAGGGACCUCCGUGCGAAAUAGGAGCUCCGGGUGUUUAUGCCAAGCAGAGAAGCGGGCACAGGGAGGGGGCAGGGAAGACCCCCGCAGUGCUGCUCCUGGGGCAGAGGGAAUCCGUAGAGGGACACCUGUUUCUGCCUCCCCCCAGAGCUCUGCAAACUGGGAUCUGUUCCAGGGUGGAUUCGAUUCAAAUCGGUUUAAAUCACGAGUCAGUAAGACUUUCUUUUUUCUUUUUACAGAAAGACUCAUUCUUGCUGGUAGAAUCUUAAUAUUGACAAACAGAUGAAGGUUUAUUAUUUUUGGAAUAAUAAAUGUUCAGCAUAGUUUUUACAGUUAUAUCAAAAGUUACUGAUUUGGUAUUAGAAAUACAUAGACAGAUAAUUAUGGAAUUAUCGUGGGGUUUAAUAAGCUAGCUAUAUUUGGACGGCUUUUCUGCUAUACUUUAUUAGAACGAGAAAAAUAAUCAUUUCCUUUAUAACAAUUUAUUUAACUGAAACAAUAACAUUACAGCAUAAGUAGCCAUGUUUGUUAACUGAUGUGGUUAAACAAUUAAAAAACAACAACUUAGACUGAGUUUUAGCACACAUGAAAAACUUAAAACAAACCCUUAUUUCCUGAUGACUAGCCUUUGGACCAUAAUGUAACUUAAAUAGAAAAUGAUCUUUAGAAAGAUUUUUCGUGCAAAAGCAUUUUACUGUAUUUUUAAAAUCCGAUUUAAAUAAAAAAAACCCCAUUGCUUUCCCCCCACCCUGGUCUGUUCCCAGAAGCACCCAUCCUGCCAGAGCCAGAGGGGAGGCAGCAGGUGCCGUGGGGGGGGAGAGAAGAGAAAGAGCCCCCCCCGCCAGACAGUUGUUGCCUCCAGGCCUGGAGGAGACCCUGUUCCAAGCACUGCAAAACCGCCCCUCAUCCCUCCCACCCCCUUUGGCUUUUGCAGGCAACGCAGCCAAACUGUCACAUACGGAAAGCAAUUCGUUUGCAGGGUUUUAUUAUUUAUUUGCAGGGGUUUAUGGUUUGUUUGUGGGGGUUGAUUCCCUUUCAAGAGGGUGUUUGCCUUGUUGGGGCGUCUGAGCCGGGCCAAAGUCUCUGGGGGCAGCAGGCCAAGGCUCCAUCCUUUGGGGGGGGGACUAAAGGUCCAGAGGGAUGGCAGUUUUCUUAAACCAUGGGUAGGCAAACUACAGCCCGGGGGCCGGAUCUGGCCCAAUCGCCUUCUAAAUCCGGCCCACAGACGGUCCGGGAAUCAGUGUGUUUUACAUGAGUACAGUGGACGCUCGGUCGCGAACGUGAUCCGUGCGGGAUGUGCAUGCGUGGGUUGCGAUUUGGCGCUUCUGUGGAUGCGCAGAGCACAGUUUAGCGCUUCUGCGCAUGUGCGACCGCCGAAACCCGGAAGUAACCUGUUCUGAUACUUCCGGGUUUCAGUGGUCCGUCAACUGAAAAAAUGCAACCUGAAGCGUCUGUGACUUGAGGUAUGACUGUAGAAUGUGUGCUUUUAUUUAAAAUGCAUCUCUGGGUUAUUUGUGGGGCAUAGGAAUUUGUUCAUUUCCCCCCCUUCAAAAUACUGUCCGGUCCCCCACAAGGUCUGAGGGACAGUGGACCGGCCCCCUGCUGAAAAAGUUUGCUGCCCCCUGUCUUAAACAACUACUGUAUUUUUUGCUCUAUUAGACUCACUUUUCCCCUCCUAAAAAGUAAGGGGGAAUGUAUGUGUGUCUUAUGGAGCGAAUGCAGGCUGCGCAGCUAUCCCAGAAGCCAGAACAGCAAGAGGGAUUGCUGCUUUCAUUGCGUAGCAAUCCCUCUUGCUGUUCUGGCUUCUGAGAGUCAGAAUAUUUUUUUUCUUGUUUUCCUCCUCCAAAAACUAGGUGCGUCUUGUGGUCUGGUGCGUCUUACAGAGUGAAAAAUACGGUAAAUCAAAUACCUGCCUGACUUUGCGUUCCUACUGCCGGUGCCUGGUGGGUGUGCUUGUUUUAUUGAGGGGACGGAACCUGGAUCUAGUGUGCGUUUUGCACCUGGAAAGACCUGAGCUCUGUAAUGAAAUAAAAAGAAAAGAAAAGGGGGGGGGGGAAAUCUGGUGUAGCUGCUCUUGGAGAGAGCUGUGUUUCUGCUGGUCAAGAUACGCAGCCUGGCUGAUCCGGACAACAUGUUUGUUUUGGCGGUUCUGAGUCUCCACCCUCCUCUGAGUGGAAAGACUUUCCCUGACUCACCCACUGCCCCUGUUCCUGGCAGGCCUUUCCAUCGGGGAGGUUCCUCUGGGCAGCUGCUGCCCUGUUUUCCCUCUCCUGGAUCCCUGCCCCCCCCCCCCAAUCCUGGGCUGCCACAGAUUUCUGGAAUGGGGCUCCCUGUCCUUUGGGGAAAGCAAAAGCCACUUGGAAUAUAAAUAUUGUUGUUGUUUAGUCGUUUAGUCGUGUCCGCCUCUUUGUGACCCCCUGGACCAGAGCACGCCAGGCUCUCCUGCCUUCCACUGCCUCCUGCAGUUUGGUCAGACUCAUGCUGGUAGCUUCGAGAACACUAUCCAACCAUCUCGUCCUCUGUCGUCCCCUUCUCCUUGGGCCCUCCAUCUUUCCCAACAUCAGGGUCUUUUCCAGGGAGUCUUCUCUUCUCAUGAGAUGGCCAAAGUCUUGGAGCCUCAGCUUCAGGAUCUGUCCUUCCAGUGAGCACUCAGGGCUGAUUUCCUUCAGAAUGGAGAGGUUUGAUCUUCUUGCAGUUCAUGGGACUCUCAAGAGUCUCCUCCAGCACCAGAAUUCAAAAGCAUCCAUUCUUCGGCGAUCAGCCUUCUUUAUGGUCUCACUUCCAUACAUCACUACUGGGAAAACCAUAGCAAUAUAACAAUAUAAAUAUAGCAAUAUAACAAUAUAAAUAUAAUAAGUAAUAAAAAUAAAAGAGGAGUCAUGGAAGCGGGGAGGGGGCUAUUGGGGGCUCCCAGCCACAAUUGCUAUGCUGGGUCUCCGCAAUCGGAGGCAGCGAUGCUUCUGAAGAUCAGUUGCAGGUGGGAACUGCAGGUGACAGAGCUGCUCCUGGUCUUAGAUAUAUGUUAAAUGUUCAUAAGUGUACCAACCAAGCACGUACACCGAUCAGCACUGGAAGACCGACCUGAAACCAUUUUUGAUUCCCAAACUGACCAAAUGUUUGCUCUGCAAGGUCAAAGGAAAAUGGAAACGCCUCCCCAUUGUCUUUUCCUUCACAAAUCCUGUCUUAAGGGCACAUUUAAGAGAUGAAUAGGGUGUGAGGCUGACCUGGCUCAGGAACUAAGUAUUUAUUAUUACAAAAGACUGGCCAGGCUCCCCGGGCAAUUCAAUCAAGUGACCAUUAAACAGGUAACCUGGCAGACAGGAGGUAAACAAAGCACUCAGAUUUCUGCUGUAGACCGCCCUUUCUGUGAUGUAGGUAUGAUGUAUCUGGUGGGUGGUCUUAGGUUACACCCCUUCUGUGAUGUAUGUGUGAUGUAUGGAGGGGUGGUCUGGAGCUCCAGGGCAGGGAAUUUAAAAUGUCUAUAUAAGGCCUUGCGUGCCAUUGUUCUGGGUUCCUUCUCCUUUCCUGCAUGUGAGGGGAGCACCCUGUUGCAACAGAUCAAUAAAGAUCAGGCUUACAAGCUGCUUUGCUUCUCAGUAUUCUCUGGUUGGCCUCUGUUAUUCUCUCCUUCCAAUAGGGAACCUACGUAAGGACUCUAUAUGGGCUCUUGGGUACCCCAUAAGGGAAAAAGGGGCAGAUUUUUGUUUACAACACUGAUGCCCAGGGAAUUUCAAACACUUGCAGGGGAGGAGGAGAAGAAUGUAGAGCUUUGGGUCUCCCAACUCCCAACCUUGGGUCUCCAGCUGCACUACAAUUCCCAUCAUCCCUGUCCCCUUGUCCUGCUAGCUAGGGCCGAUGGGAGUUGUAGUCCCACAACAGCUGGCGUCCCCAAUUUGGGGGAUCCUGCUACAGAGGGUUUCAGAGAGCGGCCUGCAGGCAACCAAGGUGGGAGGGCGAUGGGGGCAAGCAGCUGCCAGGACCUCUGGGGUCUUGUGAGGUUGGCGUCGUUGUGUGUCUUGGGCACCCAGGUUGGCACGAGUGUGUCCCACCUGCACAGCUUGUGUAGCAGGACUUGGCCUGCCAGGGGAAGGGGACUUCCUGGAGCUGGUCCCAAACCUCUGUGGGCUUCAGUAGACGCCUGGCCAAUUUGUACUCUGGGGGGCCAAAACCUCCAGGCUUCCAACUAAAUCUGACAUGCUGCCAAUGAGACAACAAUGGUGUUUGUGGCAAGGAACAAAGAAUUGAUUUCUACAAAUAAUCAAACGCCUUCAGUCCUCCCAGAUCAGCUGCCAACCAGUUGUGGAGCGCAUCCUGCCUUUGAGCAAACCAUGCAAGGGCUCACGCAGCAGCUGUGUCCCUCUUCCCCUCUACACCCCCCCCCAAAACCCCCGCUUCCUGUGUUUUGGAGGUGCUGCUUCAGCAUAUUUUGUUCCGGGAAUUUUGGGGCGAAAACGGCUUGCCUUGCGCCAUGGGAGGAGCAAGAGGCUGCGCUGGGGCUUGUGGUGUUACAGGGUUGAGAAGGACGUGGGGUUGUUGUCUCAGGCAAGACCCAGAGGAGAACCUGGGGGUGGGGGUGCUGGGGGGAGGAUUUGGAAAUGGGACGUGCGAGAGCAGGAAGGGGGGCUGCAAUGCCAUGAGAAAUCUGAAACGGGAACUGCUGUCCACUAAGCGACAGCAGUCCAGUAAUUCAGCAGCGGAAGAAAAAUGACAAAACAAUUGCAAUAGAGAAACGUUUUGCAAUGGAUUAAGAUGUAACGCAGGAGAAAAGGUCUGAGUAAAAACACCGUGGGGAGGGGAGGAAGUCAGCUUAUGAAAUAAUGUAAUUGUUUGACUUGAGGGUUCCUUUGAAAAUAUUUGAAAAUUUUAAUAACAGUUACACACACAGAGAGAGCAAGUUUUGUUUUGUUUUCUGCAUGUGUUGCAGUUUUCAUUGCUUGGUUGUGUUUACCACAUUGCUGAUUCCUUGCACUUUUACAAUCUUACCUUGCAAAAGAAUACUGCUUCUAAUAUGCUUUUAAUAUUGAGCUUUAAAUGGUUGUGACCCGCCCUGGGACCUUCGGGUAAAGGGUGGGUAAGAAAUCAAGUUGUUAUUUUUAUUUGGCUUCCCAAAUAGCCGGUUUGGGUUCCCAGGGCGGGGCUGAAGUCAGGUGGGGGCCGGUAUGUCUUUCUGCCUUUUGGGAUGAGGCGCCGCGUGAAGAUUUCCCCCCUGCCGCUUGCAGAUUUCGUUUGUUUAGUUAUUUCAGAAAAUCAAUACCCUGCCUGAUUGUAAAACAACAACAACAACAACCUCAGUUUGCCAAAAAGGUAAAACAAUAAUUUUUUCAAGGAGAGGAAUUAAUAACGAUUUAAGACUUUUUUAAAAAGCUAAAGUAACAAUAGACUAAAAGAAGGUGGAAACUUCCUAAACGCCCUGGGUGGGCUUGACAAAACAAGGGUGUUUUGAGCAGGCUCUGAAAAGAGGACAGUUGAGGCUCCUGGCGUCAAGAGGCAGGGAGUUGUUAGUAGUAGUAGUAGUAGUAGUAGUAGUAGUAAUAAUAAUAAUAAUAAUAAUUUAUUCUUUAUACCCCGACCAUCUGGUUGGGCUUCCCCAGCCACUCUGGGCAGCUUCCAACCAAAUAUUAAAAUACCGUAGUACAUCAAACAUUGAUGGGAGGGCGUUCCACAGGGCAGGAGCCACCACCGAGAAGGCCCUCUGCCUGGUUCGCUGUAACCUUACUUCUCGCAAUGAGGGAACCUCCAAAAGGCCCUCGGUGCUGGAUCUCAGUCUCCGGGCUGAACAAUGGAGGUGGAGACGCUCCUUCAGGUAUACUGGACCGAGGCCGUUUAGGGCUUUCAAGGUCAGCACCAACACUUUGAAUUGUGCUCGGAAAUGUACUGGGAGCCAAUGUAGAUCUUUCAAGAUGGGUGUUAUGUGGUCCCGGCGGCUGCUCCGAGUCACCAGUCUGGCUGCCGCAUUCUGGAUUAGUUGCAGUUUCCGGGUCACCUUCAAAGGUAGCCCCACGCAGAGCGCAUUGCAGUAAUCCAAGCGGGAGAUAACCAGAGCAUGCACCACUCUGGCAACACAGUCUGUGGGCAGGUAGGGUCUCAUCCUGCGUACCAGAUGGAGCUGAUAAACAGCUGCCCUGGACACAGAAUUGACCUGCGCCUCCAUGGACAGCUGUGAGUCCAGAAUGACUCCCAGGCUGCGCACCUGGUCCUUCCGGGGCACAGUUACCCCAUUCAGGACCAGGGAGUCACCCACACCUGCCCGCCUCCUGUCCCCCCAAAACAGUCCUUCUGUCAUGUGAGGAUUCCACCUCAAUCUGUUAGCCGCCAUCCAUCCUCCAACCGCCUCCACACACUCACUUAUAUAUACCCACCCAUCUGGCUAGGUUUCCCCAGCCACUCUGGGCGGCUUCCAAGUGAAUAUUAAAAACAGCAUCAUCAGACAUUUAAAACAUCCCUAAACAGGGCUGCCUUCGGUUGUCUUUUAAAAGUAAAAUACUUGUUUAUUGCCUUGACAUCUGCUAUCCACAGGGCAGGCUUAAUGAAACAAGGGUGUUUUAAGCAGGCUCUGAAAAGAGGACAGUUGAGGUUCCUGGUGUCAAGAGGCAGGGAGUUCCAGAGGGCAUGUUCACGCUCAGAGAUUUGAGUUCUUGCACAUGAGGGACGGAUCCUGGAGGGGAUAACAGGCCUGUGUGAGAAGGGGAUGGGGCACUAGCCGGGGCCCUGGCCUGGCACAUUUCUCAUGCGUUUCUUGUCCCUUCUUCCCCCUCAGGUGGUACAAGCUGCACUCCAAGCCUGGCAAGAAGGAGAAGGAGCGCGGAGAGAUCCAGCUUAGCAUCCAGUUCACGCGCCACAGCCUGACGGCCAGCAUGUUUGACCUGUCCAUCAAGGACAAGCCCCGGUCGCCCUUUGGGAAGCUGAAGGACAAGCUGAAGGGCCGGCAGAAGUACGACCUGGAGUCGGCCUCGGCCAUUGUGCCCAGCAGCAGCGGGGCCCUCGACGAGGAAUUUGGCCUGGCGGGCAAGAAGGCCAAGGCCAAGGGCAGCUUCUUCUUCAAGAACAAGCUGCGCAAGUCCUCCCUCACCCAGUCCAACACCUCCCUGGGCUCCGACAGCACCCUCUCCUCGGCCGGCAGCCUGGUGGGCAUCGGACCCUCCGAGGCGGGCAUGGUGCCCUCGCCCAGCCGCCACAGCAGCUUCUCCACCGAGCGCUCUGGUAAGAGGGAGGAGGGCGGGGGGAAUAGCUGGUCGAGGGCGAUUACGGCAUUGCGGCGGGUUGGGAUGGAUGAUCCCUGGGGGCCCCUUUUGACUCUGCGAUUCUGUGAUUGAGUAGAGCCUAGAAAGGUGCGGUGUUUUGCUGAGGAAAUACAGUUACAGGGGUGCCUCAAGUUGCAAACGGGAUCCGUUGUGGAGGUCCUGCCGCAUCCCAAAGAAUUUGCAACUGGGGGACCGCUUCUGUGCAUGCGCGCAGCACGCUUUAGCGCUUCUGCGCAUGCGGCGGAACUCGGAAAAAUACGUCUGGGUUUGCCACAUUCCGUAUCCAGAGGGAUACGUAAGUGGAGGUACAACUGUACUUAAAAGUCACAUUUUAAAAAAAUAAAAUAAAAUGAUAUACUGCCCUUCUUCCAAAAUCACGGGGCGGUUUACAACAUAAAAACGCAAAAUGCAUAAUAUAAUAUUUAAAAAGCAAUAAUCCCACCUCCCAGGCACGUGAAAAAGGCCAUAGAUUGAAUGGAAAUGUUUUCACCUGGCGCCUAAAGAUAUUUAGUGUAGGCUCCAGCUGAGCCUCCCUGGGGAGAGCAUCACCCAAGCAGGGAGCCACCACUGAAAAGGCCUGUUCUCGUGUGGCCCCCCUCCAGACCUCUCUGUGUGGAGGAAAAGGGAGAAAGGCCUCUGGUGAUGAUGUCAGGUCAGGUGGGGAGAGGCACUUAGUGUUUGAGAGAUCCUAGAGUAGGAAGGGACCUCAAGGCCAGAGAUUUACAGAAGAUUGGAAGAAGUAUAUGAAUUAUUUGAAGAGCAACUGUAAUCAACAAAUUACGCUAGUAGGACUACAAGAAGUUUUGUAAGGAGAAAUAUACGAAGUGUUACAAAGCAGGUAAAGAUAGAGAUAUUGGUUAGGAGUUUGAAAUGUAAUUGGGAAAAUAAGAAAUGCAUACUAAGAGAUUAGAUUGGAAAAUUUUCAGACAGCACUGAUGGAACUCAAAAAAAUUGAAUAAGAUGUAAAAGUAUGUUUAAUUACUGUUGAGAAUGAUAUGUUAAAAAACUAAUAAAAAUUUAUAUAUAAAAAAAGGAAGGGACCUGGAGGAUCAUCUGGUCUACUCCCUGCAACAUAGGAAACACAGGCUAAGCAUCUUCAAGUCCCUCAGCGGUUCCUCAUAGGGCUCGGUUUCCAGACCCUGGGUCACCUCGGAAGUAAACACACAAUGUGACUUUGUAGGGGGCAUAAGGAGAGCUGGAUCAGGCCGCAGCUUCUGGGAAUCACAGGUGAGGAGAGCCCAGCUUUGGUGCUUGCCAUUUGGGCAUCGAGUCGGCCAACGUGAGAGCAGGAUGCGCCCUUGAUGUGCCGUGGUCCUGAUCCAGCAGCAGAUGCUCUCCUGAGGUUCCUGGGCUUCUGUGGCACUGGGCUCGGCCCCUGUGGGAACGAGAUGCUGGACGAAAUGGGCCCCCUUUGGCCGGAUCCUGCUGCCAAAGGGCUUUUUGUUGGUUCUUAUCCCAAUGCUCCAUGAGACCCUCUCCCAGCACUUUGAACAGGGCCUGGAAGCCGGUCUGCUUAGGGGUUUGGCAGUCGGUGCCUCGAGCCUCCUGGCUGGCAAAUAAUAAUAAUAAGAAUAAGAAUAAGAAUAAUAAUUCCAAAGGGUAGCUGACACAACACUAAUUGUAACGAUUGUAAUUUGGUCUUUUUUGUGCGUGUUUUUUUGUUUUGUGUUUUUUUCUUGAAUUAGAUUGAUUUGAUUUGAUUUAUUAUUUAUACCCCGCCCAUCUGGCUGGGCUUCCAACAAAAUAUUAAAAUACAGUACAGUGGUACCUCUGGAUGCGAACAGGAUCCGUUCCGGAGCCCCGUUCGCAUCCAGAAGCAAAUCAACCUGCCUCCGUGUGUUGCGAUUCACCGCUUCCGCGCAUGCACGUGACGGCAAUUUGUCCAUCUGCGCAUGUGCAAGUGGCGAAACCCGGAAGUAACACGCUCCGUUACUUCCGGGUUGCCGCGGAGCGCAACUUGAAAAUGCUCAACUUGAAGCAAAUUUAACCCAAGGUAUGACUGUAAUGCAUUCUCCUCUUCCAGGAUCUGUUGUGGCUCAAGAGCUGGAAGCGGGCAGACCCAGAGGGGGUUGGGGGGCCUUGUGGGCGAUGCGGACGGCUGGCCUCACCAAUCACCCUUCCCCUCCUCUGUCUUCCUCUCCAGUCAGAGACUUCCUGCCUUCCCCCAAGCUGACCCACAAGAGGGCCUUCAGCGACGAGGCCUCCCAGUCGACCCAGAGCCUGAAGCCCCAAAACGACCCCGUCUCCCGGUCCUCCCUGUGCAUCAACGGGAGCCACAUCUACUGCGAGGAGCCCACGCCAAAGCCUUCCUUCCUCUCCGCAGCGCCUGCUCCUCCUGCCGUCGCCGCCAGCAAGCCGCAGGAGGAGGCCUUUGGAUCUGAGCCCCCGGCUGCCCCCGAGCCGGACCUGCCGCCCUGGUCCAGCGGCAUCUUGCCGAAGGCGCCCCCCAAAGACCCUCCCCGCUUCAUCCCCUCCCCUCCCAUCCUGGCGGCCCAGGAGGAGGACAAGCUGUCCGUCAAGACCAUCGCCCUCAACAAGCACCGCGUCAGGGCCAGGAGGGAGGAGGAGGAGGCAGCGGCGGCGGCGGCCGCCCUGCACGCCGAGAGCAAGCCCAUCCAGAUCGCCACGCCCAUGGUCUUCUCCGGGGAGGUCCGGAGGGUCCGGCCCCAGCAGGAGGAGGAAGCGGAGGAGGAGAAGAGGUUCUCCAAGACGGGCUUCUUCCGCCGGGGGAGCAGCAAAGAGGGCAGCGGGAAGAGCGGGGAGCCGUCCCCCCGGGUGGUGGUGGCGGCCGGAGAAGAGAGGGGCAGGAGCAGGAACAGCAGCAGCAGCUGGUUCAGCCUCCAGGAUGCCAAGGAGAUGCCCCCCAAGCCCAGGUGAGAGGCUGACCGGGGAGCACGGCUUUUGGGGGAGGGUGGGAGAGAGCUUCUGUCCCUCUGCUGGUGUUGCCCGUGUCUGCCAGGGAGGAGGGUGGCGCUGGGAGCGGCAGGUCGUGGCCCCCGGUCUGUGUGCUGCUGCCUCUUGGCCCUAUGUGUUGUGCCUGCUGGGCUCCGGGCAGGACUUGGAAGAAGCAGGGGGCGCGGAGCCUGUGGAACGGGCCUCCUGCCCACGUUCAGUGGGUCUGGUGGGGGAGAACUGGGGUGAGGAGGCUGUGCUGGAGCAGUUGGGCUUGCGGUGGAGAAAGGCUUUGCUGAAGCAGGUCUUGAGGGGGGUCUGGAGAGAGGAGACAGGCAGGCAGCUCCCCCAGGGCGAAGGGGCCAAGGAGGACUCGGGGUGAACGGGGAGAAACAGGGCCAGGAUCCGCAGAUCUCCCCAGGGCGCCUCUGCUGCUGGAGGGUCCUGCGUGGAGCUGCAAGGAGGAAGUGGGGUAUCUGGCUGCUUCCUUUCGGUCGGACUCUGCCCUCCUGCCCUCCUCCCUGCCAGGCUCAGAUUUGCCAGGUUUCUUUUUUGGCAGGGCUGGAGCAGCUUGCAGAGUCGGAAGCGGAGCCAGGCGGCAACGGAGCCGUCCUAGGAAGCGGCUCUGCUAUGCUCAAAAACCUGGUUUUGAGCAUGACAUGAACAACGUCCUCCUUGUCACUUUCCACGCCGCUCCUCUUAAUUGAUGAUUAUUUUAUAAAAUGUAUACACUAAUUAGGGACGCGGGUGGCGCUGUGGGUUAAACUACAGAGCCUAGGGCUUGCCGAUCAGAAGGUCGGCGGUUUGAAUCCCCGCGACGGGGUGAGCUCCUGUUGCUCGGUCCCUGCUCCUGCCAACCUAGCAGUUCGAGAGCACGUCAAGUGCAAGUAGAUAAAUAGGUACCACUCCGGUGGGAAGGUAAAUGGUGUUUUCCGUGCGCUGCUCUGGUUCGCCAGAAGCGGCUUAGUCACAUGACCACAUGACCCAGAAGCUGUACACUGCGGUGCUCCCUCUGGCAGUAAAGUGAGAUGAGCGCCGCAACCCCAGAGUCGUCCGCAACUGGACCUAAUGGUCAGGGGUUACCUUUACCUUUAUACACUAAUUGGUUGCAAAAACCAACAAUGGCCUCCAUGUGGUUUGCAUCGAGAGUAAAACAGAAAAAAAAUUAUUGGCAAAAGCAAAACUGGUGAAAAACAACAAUUUAAAACAUUAAAAAAAAUCAGCAAUGAACUGAAAACUAAUUUGAGACCUGCAUCAGCUUCCUAAACUUCUGGGGAGUUGCAUCGCUCCGUAUCCCACCGAGAGCAAGUGCGGUGGGGGGAGGCUUAGCCAUCCUCAGAGCAGAAAUCCAGCUUUCGUUUCCAGGUGUCCCUGGGGGGGCUCCUGCCUGCGAAGCUCACAGACCUCUUUGGAGCCAUUGCAAAGGUCUGGGGUGGGUUGUGUGGGGCGUAACUUGGCAGUACAGUCGUACCUCCUUUUGCAUCCGGGAUCCGUUCUGGAGCCCCAGACACUCGACAAAGCGCCUCUCUGCGCAUGCGCGAAGCACGAUUUAGCGCAUUUGCACGUGCACGAGCAGCAAACCCUGAAGUAACCCAUUCCGGUACUUCUGGGCUUGCUGUGGACGUUGGACUAAAUGGACCCUAAACGGGGCGGACGCAAAACGAGGUACCACUGGAAAUCUGCGAGGGCAGAUAGGCUCUGCUUGGUUGCUCUGGCUGACCUGUGCCUAGGGAUGUGGCAAGUUUGGAUCAUGACCCCUGGGUAUGGUGUCCCCGUGGGCCAGAGUGGCCUAUCCGAGGAUCUAAAGGCAAAGGUGAGCAAGGUCGCGAAGAGCAGACGGGGCAGUUUGGGGCUUUGGGGAGUUGCUGGUGUAACCUGUGGCAACGUGAGAUUUGGCGCUCUCUAGGUCCUGCCGGCUUGGGGGCGUCCCAGGACACUCUGGGCCAUUGGUCUCCAAGUGGGCGCCUGGCUGUGUGUUGCCAUCGUCUUAUUCAAGGGUCCGGCAGGAGGGGCUUCAGAGGCGGGUUGCCAGCUUGGGCCAAACCUCUGCACCGCCCCCUUUCCUUGGCGCCUCCUCCCUGAGAUCCCCCCAGGGUGUUUCAGAUGUCAAGGGGGCUUGGGGGGGUCAUUCUGAGGGUCCUAUCUAGGUUCUGAGCACUGCAGAUUCUCCUCAGUCCCCCAACUGGGCUCUGCAAUGGCAGUAUUGAAUGCAGUGUUGCUGCAGGUGGUCAGAUGUUGGGGUUUGGCUUUGAAUGCUGUGCUGCCGUCAAGUUGAAACUCGUUUAAUGACCACAUCUUUUUGGGGGGUGGGGUUUCAAGGCAGAAGUGUUUGGCCAAGUCCAUGGGCAGCUUCCGUGCCGCCUUGAGGGCAGAGUCCUGUCCCCGUACACUGAGAAGAGCGGGGUCUUUUCCUGGUGCCAAAUCUCAGGUUUUGUUUUGGGUGAUGGCGUCAGCCCUGCUGACCUGCUUUUAUGCUUUCCUUCUCUGUCCCGAGGCAGAGAUCCUUCCGGUUGGCUUUCUUCCACUGCAGCCACCACAUGGGGAAGUUGCUAAGCGGAAUCUUCCUUCUACACUCCGAUGCAGCUGUGCUGAGCAUGCUGGGGGAAAUGGCUGAGCGCUGCUCCCUGGUGGCCAAACCUGUGUUGUCACCUGCCCUAAAUAUCUGGAGUGGGGCAUGCGUGCAUCGGCGCUUUCCACCUUCAGCGUCUUCAGUCAGUACAGCUGCACUGGAGUGCAGAAGGGAGUCUUUCAUUGUUUCUGGCCUUGGAGGGCGCCUUGAUCUCCCACCUUCCCCUUCGGUUGUGGGCCUGUGGACCCUGCAGAAGUGCGCUGCAGACCCCUUGGGUUGUGUGUGGGUGUCGACGGUUUGAGAGCCACCCUCUGCUGGGUCGUGAGCUGCCUUUUUCCAGGUGCAUUUCUGAGAAGCCGUGUCUGACAAAGAGCGUCCUGAAGGGCGCAGAGAGAAGGGAGAGAGAGAGAAGUUGCUCUUUGUCUUGGUGCCGGUUCUGCAGUCCCGUCCACCAGUGAGAUCCAGGCCUGGGGGGCAGCUGGGCUGUUGGUCUCCCCCCAAGCCAAAUAGCGAUAAACCUGAGCUGAGCACCGGGGAAGUUAUUUUUGGAGCAUGUGUUGUUCUGGCGCAUGAUGAGAUGCUGACUGGAGCAUGUGACGCGCAGACAGGGCUUGGCUCACUCAGGCUUUCAGCUUUUUCCUGCCGUGGUUCUUUUGACGUUCCCCUUCCUGGGGGGGGGGGGCGAGUGGGGCUGCGCCUGCUUCUCCUGCAGAAGCAGAGGGGGUGUCGUGGCUCUUGGGAUCCCCUUCAGCUGAGGAUUGGGGGCCCCUGGGGGAGACACGGAGGUGCCCUUUCUUCUCCAGUGUCUGGCGAUGCAAAGGAAUUUCAGUACUGUUGAGUUCGGAGGGACCCCUAAAGGCUAUCCAGUCCAAGCCCCAGCAAUUCAGGAAUCUCAACAAAAGCAUCCAUGACAGACGGCCGUCCAGCCUCUGCUUAAAAGCCUCCACGGAGUCUGCAAUCUGUUACGCUGUUAAACAGCUCUUCUUCCUAAUAUUUAUCCGGAAUAAUAAUAAUAAUAAUAAUAAUAAUAAUAUAAAAAAAUUAUUAUUUAUACCCUGCCCAUCUGGCUGGACUUCCCCAGCCACUCUGGGCAGCUUCCAACAAAAUAUUAAAAUACAGUAAUCCAUCAAACAGGGACGCGGAUGGCACUGUGGGUUAAACCACAGAGCCUAGGACUUGCUGAUCAGAAGGUCGGUGGUUUGAAUCCCCGCAACGGGGUGAGCUCCUGUUGCUCGGUCCCUGCUCCUGCCCACCUAGCAGUUCGAAAGCACACCAGCACAAGUAGAUAAAUAGGUACCACUGUGGCGGGAAGGUAAACGUGUUUCCGUGCGCUUCUCUGGUUCUCCAGAAGCGGCUUAGUCAUGCUGGCCACAUGACCCGGAAGUUGUAUGCUGGCUUCCUCGGCCAAUAAAGUGAGAUGAACGCGGCAACCCCAGAGUCGGGGUCCCUUUACCUUAAUCCAUCAAACAUUAAAAGCUUCCCUGAAGAGGGCUGCCUUCAGAUGUCUUCUAAAAGACUGGUAGUUGUUGUUCUUUUUGACAUCUGGUGGGAGGGUGUUGCACAGGAUGGGUGCCACUACCGAGAAGGCCCUCCGCCUGGUUCCCGGUAACUUGGCCUCUCGCAGGGAGGGAACCGCCAGAAGGCCCUCGGAGAUGGACCUCAGUGUCCGGGCAGAACGAUGGAGGUGGAGACGCUCCUUCAGGUCUCCUGGGCCUUUGAGGCCGUUUAGGGCUUUAAAGUUCAGCACCAACACUUUGAAUUGUGCUCAGGAACGUACUGGGAGCCAAUGUGGGUCUUUCAGGACCAGUGUUAUGUGGUCUCGGCUUGCUCCGUCUUCCGUGGGGCAGCCCUUCACAUAUUUGAAGAUGGUUCUCUUCCUGGCUGGUCAUACCCACCAGGUGAUUGACAGGUGGGUGUCCCUCCCUCCCUGUCAUAGUUGGCCUGUGGGGAGGGGGAGAUAAAGACCUGGAAGUCUGCCCCCCACCCCGCAAAUUACUUCCUGCUCUGCGUCCUGAUCAUUUACCAAGAACAAGAGUGAAUCUUGUGGCCCACUAAAGACCAGCAGACAAAGGCAUUGAAUCUUUCUAGUCUGUAAAAAGCAUAUGCCAUAAUUUAUUUCUUAUUAUAUACCGCUAUGUCAUUUCAAAAAUAGAUCAAAGCUGUUUACAGCAAUAGAACAUAAAGCUGCACGAUAAAAACUAGAUAAAAAAGUUAAAAGCAGACACCGGUUAGUCACUGUAGAAGGAUGUGUUCUUAAUAGUGUGCAUAGGCCCUGGCAGAAUAGAAAUGUUUUUGUCAGGUGUUUAAAAGUUUGCACACAAAAGGCAUCUGCUGAAUCUCCAGUAGCAGGGAGUUCCGCUGGACUGGGGCCAUGACACUAAAGGCUCAGUUUCUCAUUGUUUUCAAAUGAGCUUCACCAACCAGCAGUGCUCCUGCAGAUGAUCUCAGUGAUCAAGCUGGGAUAUAAGGAUUCGAGUAACCUCUGAGGUGCCCUGGAGCAAAGUUGUUUGGGGCUUUUUAAUAAUAAAAGAACCUCAAACCUGGUUGGUUUAGUCUGAUACGGGAAAAGCAGCAAAGAACCGUAGAAUUGUAGAGUCGGAAGGGACCCUGAGAAUCAUCUAGUUCUCAACCUGUGGGUCCCCAGAUGUUGUUGGACUAAAACUCCCAUCAUCCCUAAGCUCUGGCCUUGCUAGCUAGGGGUGAUGGGAGUUGUAGUUCAACAACACCUGGGGACCCGCAGGUGGAGAAAGGCGGAUCUAGUCCGACGCCCGGCAAUACAGGAAUAUGCAGCUGUGGUUUGACACCUUAAAGACAUAAGAAUAUCAAAAGAGCCUGCAGAAUGAGGCCAAAGGGGCCCCUCCAGUCCAGCAUCCUGUUCUCCCAGUGGCCAGCCAGAUGCCCCAGGGGGGAAGCAGCAAGCAGGAUUUGGGCACAAGAGCAAAUCUCCCCUCCUGCGGUUUCCAUCAACUGGGAUUCCAAGGGUGCAGAUGCUCAGCUUAAUUCGGUUUUCCCUGUGUGCCUGCCUUGUGGAGGCAGAAUUUGCACACAAGCUAAAGGAGAGCCACCCAGAGCUGUCUGGCUUGGGAUUCAAGGAGGGUGGCCGAAGGAGUCUGCCUAAUAAUAAUAAUAAUAAUAAUAAUAAAUAAUUAUACCCCACCCAUCUGUGGGGUAUAAUUACUGUGCAGCUUACAGCACAUAAAAAAUGACCAGAAGAAUCAGAAAUCAGCUGUGCUGGCUCUUGGCUCUCUCCCACCUCCAUGAAAACCUCUUUUUUAUAAAUUUAUUCAUUUGGUUUUUCAAAUUAAAGUUUUGCAAUCACAUGUCCAACAUUCAACAUAAAAACAAGAUUCCACGGAAUCUCCUGGACUUCUUCCCUCCUCCCCUUUGUGGGUCCUUUCCUGCUUCAUCUUUUAGAAUAAUCCAGAUCUUUUACCUCUCCAUUACAGUGGUACCUCUGGAUGCAAAGGGGAUCCGUUCCAGAGCCCCGUUCUUAUCCUGAAGCGAACUGUGCGGGUUGCGAUUCGCCGCUUCUGCGCAUGCGUGUCACGUCAUGUUGAGCGUCUGCGCAUGCGUGAGCGGCGAAACCUGGAAGUAACACAUUCCAUUCCUUCCGGGUCGCUGUAGAGCACAACCCGAAGCUACUUCAACCCGAGGUAUGACUGUAUAUCCGAAAUCCACCAUUAAACUUACAAGUGUUAUUCCAAUCCUACCAACGAUUUGAAUUCUUUACAAUGGUUUUUAAGAUAAAUUAUAAUUUUUUUCCAUUCCUUAUUAAAAUUCUGGUCUUCCUGAUUUCUGAUUCUUCUGGUCAUUUUUGCCAUUUCAGCAUAGUCCAUCAACUUAAUCUGCCAUUCUUCUCUGGUCGGGACUUUUUCUUCUUCCCAUCUCUGGAAAGGUGUCUAGGUGGCUUAAAAGAGGGUGAGGCAAUGUUAGACUGCAUCCUUGUCUCACCCUCUUUUAAAGCCACCUAGAUUGGCAGUCAUCACUGUCUUGUGGCAGGGAGUUCCAUAGUUAUAAAUGUAGCCCUCUGGAGAGAGCUCUCGAACCAGUUGCUUAUUUAUAUGGGUCAAUGGAAGUUAGUUGUGUGUGCUCAGAAAAAUACACACAUAUGCUCGGCUUAAUUCGGUUUUCCCUGUGUGCCCACCUUGUGGAGGCAGAAUUUGCACACAGGCUAAAGAAGAGCUACCCAGAGCUGUUUUGCUUGGGAUUCAAGGAGGGUGACCGCCCACUAAUAAUAAUAAUAAUAAUAUACCCCACCCAUCAUACUGGGUUUCCCCAGCCACUCUGGGCGGCUUACAGCACAUAAAAAUUUGUGAAACAUAAAAAAAUUCCCAAUACAGGAUUGCCUUUAGAUGUCUUCUAAAAGUCAGGUCAUUGUUUAUUUCCUUGACAUCUGAUGGGAGGGAGUUCCGCAAAAACAAACAAGAUGAAUUUUAACAGGGAGAAAUGUAAAGUAUUGCACUUGGGCAAAAAAAAUGAGAGGCACAAAUACAAGAUGGGGGACACCUGGCUUGAGAGCAGUACAUGUGAAAAGGAUCUAGGAGUCUUGGUUGACCACAAACUUGACAUGAGCCAACAGUGUGACGCGGCAGCUAAAAAAGCCAAUGCAAUUCUGGGCUGCAUCAAUAGGAGUAUAGCAUCUAGAUCAAGGGAAGUCAUAGUGCCACUGUAUUCUGCUCUGGUCAGACCUCACCUGGAGUACUGUGUCCAGUUCUGGGCACCACAGUUCAAGAAGGACACUGACAAACUGGAACGUGUCCAGAGGAGGGCAACCAAAAUGGUCAAAGGCCUGGAAACGAUGCCUUAUGAGGAACGGCUAAGGGAGCUGGGCAUGUUUAGCCUGGAGAAGAGGAGGUUAAGGGGUGAUAUGAUAGCCAUGUUCAAAUAUAUAAAAGGAUGUCACAUAGAGGAGGGAGAAAGGUUGUUUUCUGCUGCUCCAGAGAAGCGGACACGGAGCAAUGGAUCCAAACUACAAGAAAGAAGAUUCCACCUAAACAUUAGGAAGAACUUCCUGACAGUAAGAGCUGUUCGACAGUGGAAUUUGCUGCCAAGGGGUGUGGUGGAGUCUCCUUCUUUGGAGGUCUUUAAGCAGAGGCUUGACAACCAUAUGUCAGGAGUGCUCUGAUGGUGUUUCCUGCUUGGCAGGGGGUUGGACUCGAUGGCCCUUGUGGUCUCUUCCAACUCCAUGAUUCUGUGACUUCCUUCCCAUGCCCCCCCCCGAGCCCCCCAAGUGAAAAGUUUGAUGCUGCAUUGGUCAGAAGCAGUGGCUCCCGGCUGCGUCCCAGAUUUUGGUACCAGCUCAUGUUCCCCCUGCAGUGAUGGCAUCCGCCUGCCGCAUCCCAGAGGAGGCGAAAAGGCUGCUGUAGCAGAAACACAGGCCUGGUCUUGUGACUGCGACGCUGCAAAGCUGCCUGGUAAACGGCCCUUAUAAAUUUUGCAAAUAAUAACUAAAACCAGGUGGUGCGAGUUCAUUGCAAUUGCACCCUGUCCUGGUGUCCACAGGCCGAGGGGUGAGAGGGGUCAUCUCUGUGCAAGGCAAACCUUGCGCACGUAAAAGAGAGUUUGCAUUAUGCAACCGAAGAAAAAUCCGAUGCAAUUCUAGGCUGCAUCAACGUCCAGGGUCCCGCUCUGGAGACCCCACUUGGAGUCCCGUGUCCAGUUCUGGGCACCACAAUUUAAGAAGGGUGUCGACAAGCUGGAAGGUGUGCAGAGGAGGGAGACCAAGACAAUCAAGGGUCUGGAAGCCAAGCCUGAUGAGGAACGGUCGAAGGAGCUGGGUGUGUUUAGCCUGGAAAAGGGGAGAUAUGAGAGCUAUCUUCAAGUAGCUCAAGGGCUGAACCACAGAAGAGGGAGCAAGCUUGAUUUCUCCUACUCUGAAGGGUAGGACUCGAACCCAUGGCUUCAAGUUACAAGAAAGUAGAUUCCAACUGAACAUCAGGAAGUACUUUCUGACAGUAAGAGCUCUUCAGCGCCCUCCUUGUGGAACACCCUCCCAUCAAAUAUCAAGGAAAUAAACAACUAUCUGACUUGUUGUUGUUUAGUCGUUUAGUGGUGUCCGCCUCUUUGUGACCCCCUGGACCAGAGCAUGCCAGGCCCUCCUGUCUCCCACUGCCUCCCGCAGUUGGGUCAAACUCAUGUUGGUCGCUUCGACAACACCGUCCCACCACCUCGUCCUCUGUCAUCCCCUUCUCCUUGUGCCCUCCAUCUUCCCCAACAUCAGGGUCUUUUCCAGGGAGUCUUCUCUUCUCAUGAGGUGGCCAAAGUCUUGGAGCCUCAGCUUCAGGAUCUGUCCUUCCAGUGAGCACUCAGGGCUGAUUUCCUUAAGAAUGGAGAGGUUGGAUCUUCUUGCAGUCCAUGGGACUCUCAAGAGUCUCCUCCAGCACCAUAAUUCAAAAGCAUCAAUUCUUCGGCGAUCAGCCUUCUUGAUGGUCCAGCUCUCACUUCCAUACAUCACUACUGGGAAAACCAUGGCUUUAACUAUACGGACCUUUGUUGGCAAGGUGACAUCUCUGCUUUUUAAUAUGCUUUCUAGGUUUGCCAUCGCCUUUCUCCCAAGGAGCAGGCAUAUUUUAAUUUCGUGGCUGCUGUCACCAUCUGCAGUGAUCAUGGAGCCCAAGAAAGUAAAAUCUCUCACUGCCUCCAUUUCUUCCCCUUCUAUUUGUCAGGAGGUGAUGGGACCAGUGGCCAUGAUCUUCAUUUUUUUGAUGUUGAGCUUCAGACCAUAUUUUGCGCUCUCCUCUUUCACCCUCAUUAAAAGGUUCUUUAAUUCCUCCUCACUUUCCGCCAUCAAGGUUGUGUCAUCUGCAUAUCUGAGGUUGUUGAUAUUUCUUCCAGCAAUCUUAAUUCCAGCUUGGGAUUCAUCCAGCCCAGCCUUUCGCAUGAUGAAUUCUGCAUAUAAGUUAAAUAAGCAGGGAGACAAUAUACAGCCUUGUCGUACUCCUUUCCCAAUUUUGAACCAAUCAGUUGUUCCAUAUCCAGUUCUAACUGUAGCUUCUUGUCCCACAUAGAGAUUUCUCAGGAGACAGAUGAGGUGAUCAGGCACUCCCAUUUCUUUAAGAACUUGCCAUAGUUUGUUGUGGUCGACACAGUUGAAGGCUCUUGCGUAGUCAAUGAAGCAGAAGUAGAUGUCUUUCUGGAACUCUCUAGCUUUCUCCAUAAUCCAGCGCAUGUUUGCAAUUUGGUCUCUGGUUCCUCUGCCCCUUCGAAAUCCAGCUUGCACUUCUGGGAGUUCUCGGUCCACAUACUGCUUAAGCCUUCCUUGUAGAAUUUUAAGCAUAACCUUGCUAGCGUGUGAAGUGAGUGCAAUUGUGCGGUAGUUGGAGCAUUCUUUGGCACUGCCCUUCUUGGGGAUUGGGAUGUAGACUGAUCUUCUCCAAUCCUCUGGCCACUGCUGAGUUUUCCAAACUUGUUGGCAUAUUGAGUGUAGCACCUUAACAGCAUCAUCUUUUAAAAAUUUUAAAUAGUUCAGCUGGAAUAUCAUCACUUCCACUGGCCUUGUUAUUAGCAGUGCUUUCUAAGGCCCAUUUGACUUCACUCUCCAGGAUGUCUGGCUCAAGGUCAGCAACCCCACUACCUGGGGUGUACGAGACAUCCAUAUCUUUCUGGUAUAAUUCCUCUGUGUAUUCUUGCCACCUCUUCUUGAUCUGACUUAGGGAUAGUUUUUAGGAAAGGUUUUAAUGUUUGAAGUUUUAUUCUAUUUUUAAUGUUCUGUUGAAAGCCACCCAGAGUGGUUGGGGAAACCCAGGGCAGGGUAGAAAUAUUAUUAUUAUUAUUAUUAUUAUUAUUAUUAUUAUUAUUAGACAGUGGAACGGUCUCCCUCAAAAGGUGGUGGUCUCUCCUUCCUUGGAGGUUUUUAGGCAGGGUUUUCAUGGCCAUCUGCCUUGGAUCCCUCAGUUGAGAUUCCUGUGUUGCAGGGGGUGGACUGGAUGACCCUCAGGAACCCCUUCCAAGUCUACAGUUCCGCGGUUCUAUGAAAAUAUUUUGACUCUCUGUGACCACGAAGGUCCUGUGAAGUGGUCCCUCUUGAACAGCCCCACUCCCAGGUUUGCACUGCAGUGGCGUCCCUCACUCCCUUUGUGAUCCGCUGUGCAAGUGUGAAGAGUGCCCCUGGGCGCAUGCAGAAUGUCCUCUCACCAAUGUGAAGCCACAAUCCGUAUCUGAGGUCAGCAAAGGGGGUGUCUGAUCAAAUGGACGUGUUUUUCCCCCGAGUAGGGCAUUGUAUGCUGAGAGCUGAAUGGGGAUUCAGGGAGGCAGAGGAGAAGAUUUGGGGGUUUGGUGCAGAGACUCGGUGGAUGGAGACCGCACUGCGCAAAUUGCAACCCUCCCUGCCACCCUAAAUAAUAAUAAUAAUAAUAAUAAUAAUAAUAAUAAUUAUAAUUUAUACCCCACCCAUCUGGCAGGGUUUCCCCAGCCACUCUGGGCAGCUCCCAACAGAAUAUUAAAAACACCAUAAAGCAUCAAAGAUUAGAAACUUCCCUAAACAGGGCUGCCUUCAGAUGUCUUCUAAAAGUCUUGUGUGGACGCCAAGGAGACUGCGAGGAGAUUAGGAGAGCCGUCUUCAAAUACCUGGAAGAGGGAGCCAACUUGUUUUCUCCUGCUCUUGGAGGGUAGGACUCGAACCUGGAGCUUCAGAGUGCAAGAAGGGAGAUUCCUGCUCAACAUCAGGAAUAUGAGGACAAGAGCAGUUCAACAGCGGAAAGUCAGGCUCUCGUCAGGGAGUCUUGAGCUGAGAUUCCUUCUCUUGGGGGAUCCCUUCUUAUGCUCCGAUUCUAGGAUUGGGGCCCAGUUCCGCCUCCCCUCCCCGCAGCUGCAUUUCUGGGUGCGUCUUCGGAGCGUGGCCCACUGUUCUGGAGCAACAGAGCCGAGUUGGAAUCUGGGACAUAGCUGUCAACAUUUCCCUUUUCUUGCGAGGAAUCCCAUUCGGAAUAAGGGAAUUUCCCUUAAAAAAAGGGAAACGUUGACAGCUAUGAUCUGGGAACAGCAGGCGGAGUUUUGGGGAGAGGCUUAAAGCGGCAGGACUUGGGUGAGAACACUGGGGCAGAGCAGGUGGGGCAGCCGUGGGGCUGCUCUGGAGGAGGAGGAAUCUCAGGUUGUUUUUAAGGAUGCGAUGGAACGCCCUCUGCUUUUUCCUGCCAAAAGAUGCCUGGAAUUUUUCCUCUCCUGCCUGCCCUGAGUCCCAUGACCAGGAGGAGGGCUGGCCAGGUAUGCCUGGAAUGCAACUCUGACUGGCCUCAUCCUGGGCUGCUGGACCCAGAAGGCACUGGUCAGCCGGACGCCUGGGUUCCUUUGCUCCCUGGGCUAUGAUCCGUCAAUGUGCCCCUUUGAGGGUUGCAACUGCACUGAGGAGAAAGAAGAGGGUCUGUGGGUUCUCCUCCGCUGAGGAGUAAGGCCGGCUGACAUUUGGGUGUCUCUCGUGAGAGGUCCCCGUGGAGGCAAGGCUAAUCCUGGAUUACAACUCAUCAUAGAAUUGGAAGGGGUCCCCACGGUCAUCUAGUCCAACCCCACAAUGCAGGAACCUUUUGCCCAGUGCGGGACUCGAACCCACGACCUUAAGAUGAAGGGUCUCAUGCUCUACCCACUGAGCCCUCCAGCCGCCUGCCUGCCUGCCUCCGACCCUUUAUUCAUUUUCAUAGAAUCACAGAAUGGUAGAGUUGAGGGGACCCCAGGGGUCAUCCAGUCCAACCCCAGCAAUGCAGGAAUCUCAGCUCAAGCAUCCCUGACAGGUGGCCACCCAACCUCUGCUUAGAAACCUCCAAGGAGAGUCCUUCUCCUCCUGGGAGUCUUGCGUUUGUACUUUGCCUCUUUCUCCCCGGAGGCCAAGGUGCCUUGUGCACAGUCCUCCUCCAUUCAUUGAAAUCCCCACAACGACCCUGUGAGGUAGGCUGGGCUGAGAGGCCCUGGCAGGCCCUGGUCACCCAGUGAGCUCCAUGGCUGAUGAUUUGGAGCGUGGCCUCUCCACGAUGCCUCUGAAGACCUCCUUGAGCCCCUGGGAGAAGAAGGGGGGAGCAAUCAAGGGAUUAAUAAGCAGGAUGAGACCCUACCUGCCCGCGGACUGUCUUGCCAGAGUGGUGCAUGGUCUGGUUAUCUCCCGCUUGGACUACUGCAAUGUGCUGUAUGUGGGGCUACCUUUGAAGGUGACCCGGAAACUACAACUAAUCCAGAAUGCGGCAGCCAGACUGGUGACUGGGAGCGGCCGCCGAGACCAUAUAACACCGGUCUUGAAAGACCUACACUGGUUCCCAGUACGUUUCCGAGCACAAUUCAAAGUGUUGGUGCUGACCGUGAAAGCCCUAAAUGGCCUCGGUCCAGUAUACCUGACGGAGUGUCUCCACCCCCAUCGUUCUGCCCGGACGCUGAGGUCCAGCUCCAAAGGCCUUCUGGCGGUUCCCUCACUGAGAGAAGCCAAGUUACAAGGAACCAGACAGAGGGCCUUCUCGGUGGUGGCGCCCGCCCUGUGUAACUCCCUCCCACCAGAUGUCAAAGAGAACAACAACUACCAGGCUUUUAGAAGACAUCUGAAGGCAGCCCUGUUUAGGGAAGCUUUUAAUGUUUGAUGCUGUGUUGUUUUUAAUAUCCGGUUGGAAGCCGCCCAAAGUGGCUGGGGAAACUCAGCCAGAUGGGAGGGGUAGAAAUAAAUAAUAAUAAUAAUAAUAAUAAUAAUAAUUACAGUGGUACUUCGGGUUACAUACGCUUCAAGUUACAUACUCUUCAGGUUACAGACUCUGCUAACCCAGAAAUAGUACCUCGGGUUAAGAACUUUGCUUCAGGAUGAGAACAGAAAUUGUGCUCUGGUGACACGGCAGCAGCAGGAGGCCCCAUUAGCUAAAGUGGUGCUUCAGGUUAAGAACAGUUUCAGGUUAAGAACGGACCUCCAGAAUGAAUUAAGUACUUAAUUCGAGGUACCACUGUAUUAUUAUUAUUAAGGCAUGGGAGGCCCCUGGAUUGCAGUUCCACAGGGCUGCUGCCUCCCUGAAUAACGACAACAACGACAACAACAUAUUAUUUCUCCCCCGCCCAUCUGGGUGGGUUUCCCCAGCCACUCUGGGCGGCUUCCAACAAAGUUUAAAAAUACAUUAAAAUGUUGCACACUAAAAACUUCCCUGAAGCUGCUGGCUGGACAGCUUUUGCUGCGUGCCUCCCUUCUCCCUCUGGCGUCAGGCGGCCAAAGAGCAGCAGCCGUGGUGGCUUUGGGGGAGAGGCCAGGAAACCAGCUUGUGGGGAUUAGGGGAGAGGCUUGGGGGGUUAGUCUGCGCUCCCAGGUCUGAAUUGCUGCCCCCCAAGUCUCGGUGGCUCUCUGUUUCUUGCCUGGGCGGCCCAUUCUGCGACUGAAGGGGUUUGGGGUGUCUGUGCCACGAAGCUGCCCAGUUCCCAGGAUGAAGGCCUGGGAGUCCAGCCCCUUUGCUGACGGUCUGGGGGUCUCCUCUGCGCCUGAAUGGGGACCACCUGCUGCAACCUUCCCCGUCACCCAUCGCGGGCACCCACUGGGCUCCAGGGAAGCAAAAGAGACAGGCGUCUUUGGAUGCCACUGGCGGCAGCUGCAGGAGCUGCGCCCGACCCGCAAAACACAACCCAGCCGGCAGGCUGUUCUUCUGUGCAAACUUGAGGAAAGGAGCCUCCUUUCGGAUUGGGUCCUACGUCAUGGCAUGUUGCUUGGCGGUCCUCAUCCCCGUUUCUGGCCCUCCUGGAGUCCCGUUCUGCCAACCAGGACUGGGAUAGACGAAGGGAGGGGCAGGAGUGGAACUGGAGGGGCCCUUCUCUGCGAAGCGCACCCCAAGACUGGGAGCAGGGUGGUGAGUUGGGGGGAGGCACCUCAGUUCCCUGGAGAGAGGACGGGGCCCAAUUCUUGGUUUGUGCCAGAGGUGUUUCUCUCCCCUGCCAGCCACAAAUGAGUGUCAGGUGUCUGCAGUGCAUUGUACGGCAUGGGGGGGCCAUGUGCAUUCAGUCGGGGUGUCUUUGUGGGGGGGCAGCCUGUGCCAUCGCUGUUUAUUUCCCCUGCCUCUGCUUGUUCCUCCAUGCUUUGGUUUGAUUUUUGCCAUCCUCCUUGCCCUGCUUCAGCAAAGCCUCGUUCUUCCCCCAGAAUGUGCCCUGACUUUUGCCGCUCUGUGUGUGUGUGUGUGUUUUGGUGAGUCCAGAUUACCCCAUGGAGCGUUAACUGGGGUGGGGGUCGCUGGGGGGGUCUGUUCUGUCUCUCUCCACAGCCUGAAAGUGCCUGCUAAGGUAUAGACAGCCCUCAAGCUCCGAGACGGGCCCUGCCCUUGCCCCCAGCCCCAAUUGCUAGUUCUGCCCCAUAGCAGCGGCCCCCCAGCCCUGCAGAGGCAGCCGCCUUUCCUGCGAGGACACGAUCCUGGCUGACCAGAUACUAAACCUGCUUCCCCUGCUCACUUUCUCUCUAGUUCCCCGGACCACCCUUGUCUCUCUGAGGAUCAGGACCCCUCUCCCUUCGCCACGGCUGGAGACCUGCCGCCCGAGGCCCAGAGCGCCAGGACCCCGUCUCCGCCCGCCUCUGCCAGGGCCCCCCCGGAGUGGGACGACAGCUUUGACGCCUUCGCCACCAGCAGGCUCCGGCCGGACGCUCCCAGGGAGCCUCCGCCUGCAGGGAAGGGGCUGGAAGGCGGUUCCCACCCGGACCCCCGCCUAGCCGAGACCCUGGAACCCCAAGCCGGGGGACAGGAGGACGCCAGCCCAGGGAGCCCAGAUCCACUGAGCCGCCCCCCGGAGCAGGGGCUGGGAGGAGCGAGAAGAGAGAGCUUGGGGGGCCAAGCCUUGGGCCAGCCCUCGGAGAGCAGCUCCUGCGAGGAAGGCCCUGCUUUGGGAAGCGACGCGACGGCAGAGCAGGCCCCGGAGGACAGCGGGAGCCCCUGGCCCACCACGGACGAGGUCUUCUUGGAGGAGAGGCCCCCUCCGCCUCAGAGCGCGACCGCAGAAAGCCCCCUGCGCGGAAGCGGCCGGGCCCCCCAAGCAGAAACUGGGGAGGCCUCGGCGGCCGACUCGCCUCGCUGGGACGCCGUGGGGCGAGAGGAAACAGCCCUCUGCUUGGCACCAGACGAGGCGCCGGAUGCCAGCCUGAAUAUAGAGGAGGCCAGAGAGAUGCCCGGCUGGGGGGCUCAGGAGCAGGCCGAGGGACCCCCCCGGAAACCCCCAAGGAGGUUCGUGCCCCUCGGCCUAGAGGAGGCGUGGGGCGUCCAGGAGAGGCGGAAAGACGAGGCAGCUGCGCCCGAGGAGCUGGAAGUGCCCGCAGAGGGAGCCCCCUCCAUGGGUGAAGGGAAGCCUCCCCCAGUGGCCGCUGCCGCCGCCUCCUCCCUGGCGCCACUGGUGAUAAUGGGAGCAGCUGGCGUCCAUGCCACAGGGAUCCUCGGGCUGGCAGGCGACGGCGCUGAACCUGCAGCAGAUAAUGAGCUGAGGGGCCGAGUCCUCCCUUCGGGGGGGACCCCGGGGGCUGAGCAGUUUGAAACUUGCCCUACCGAUCUCUCCUUGGGCGCGUCAGGCCUGUCUGACUCCUCCGUGUGGCAGGCGGGCGCUCCCUGGCCACAGGGGCUCUCGGAGCUGGGCUCGCUGCAGACGGCCAAGGAGCUCCCCGCACGCAAAGAGACCCCCCAGGACCCCCGGCCCAGCCCCUCGGUCCUGUUCUGGACGGCCGUGGAGGAGGAGCAGCCGCCGUCGCAGGACUCGUGGCCCGAAGGACGGCGGCCAGGACUUGGGGGUCCGGAGGAAGAUUUGCCACCAGGAGAAAGAGGGGCUCUCUCCUUCCCCGAGGGGGACCCUGCGCGAAGCCCCCUCAGCCAGAGCCUGCCCGCCACGUCGCCCCCCUUCCCAGCGGUCCUGGCGGGCGGGCAGCUCAGGCAGGCUCGGGCCGGCAGCUCUCUGAGCGAGUCAGAGCUGUCGUCCAGCUGGUCGGACGACCGGGUGGUGGACUUCAAGAAGGCCGACUUUUGGCAGGCGGGCAGAGAGGAGCCUCAGGGCAGCUGGACGGACACUGCCCUGGCACCGGGCAACCCCUUUGCCCCCUGGGCCGGGACGCCGCCCCCGCCUUCCCCGCAGAACAACCCCUUUGUGGAGAGGCCCGCUGACCAGGCCUCCUCGGAGGCGGCCGUCCUGCCGGUCUCCUGGGGGGAGGGUCUGGGUGGCCCGGAGGCGGCCCCUCGCGGCUUCUUCCUUGCCCACCCCUCCGAGGACCAACCCCCCGCCCCCUUGACUUUCUCCACGCCUUCGCUGGAGGGGGCUGCCCAGCCCAGCGACUUCCUCUUCCCGUCUCCCGUCCUGCAUCCUGACCUGGGCGGGGGCUCUGCUGUGGCGGCCCCCUCCCUUGCUCUCCCGCGGCCCAGAGCCGCCUCAGUGGCCUCUUCGGUUUCGCCCGUGGGGGCGCCGCAGGCGGAAGAAGCGCCUCCUCUCCAGUGGACGGCCAGGUGAGCUGGGCAAGGCUUGUGUGUGUGUGUGUGUGUGUUCGCACCAGGUGACCCCCCCCUUACCUGUGGUUUUGGGGUGUCUCUCCCAGGAAACCCCCCAAAGCCCUGGGUUGGCCCUCCCUCUGCCCAUGGGGGUGUCUAACUGGCUGCAGCCCUCCCCACAGCACACUCCUACCCCCCACCCCCACCCCAAAACCUCUGCAUGGCAUCUUUUCAUGCCCCCUCCAUGGCUUUUAUCUUUGGUUUACCCUUUUCCUCCUCUUUUAAGGGCUGUGACUAAAUCCCUCUCUUCUCUCCUAGCUCUGCAGAAGGGGGGCCCCUUAGAGCAGCGGCAGCUCCUGCCCCCCCCGGCAUGCUGGAAGCAAAGGGUCAUUGGGGGGGCAGAGGGGAAGUGGCUCUUUGAGGUGGGACAGUCGCCCCAAUUCUACCACUUGGCCUUGGCAGGGGAAACCUGCAGGGAGUUGGGAUGUACGUUCCUACUCUGUACCCCCCACCCACCUGAGUGUUAAGAUCUCCUCCCAUGGUUUUAUUCAUUGUUUAAGCAAAAUUUGCAUGCCAUUUAAUCAAAGAAUCAUACAGCUGGAAGGGAACCCUGAGGGUCAUCCAGUCCAACCCCCACAAUGCAGGAAUGCGAAGCUGCCCCAUCUGGGGAUCGAACCUGCAACCGUGGCGUUACCAGCACCAUGCCCUAAACAAUUGAGCUAUUCACACCCAAACUGUCAUAAGGUUUAUAGCAGAUCUUUAAAUGUGAACUCAUUUGCUGGCCAUGAUGGUUUUUGAUGGUUCUGUUCCAUCUUUCAGCUUUGUUUCAAGGGGGGAGGAUAUUUGUGCAUGAACAAGGAACCGGGGAAGAAUUUUUUUUUUAUGCUCCCCUGUGGCAGCAUUUCCUGUAAAAAUGGUCAGUGCACAAGCUUCCCCCGAGAUGUAGCUUUAAUUCCAACUAGGAAGGGGGCAGGCACAGCCUAUUAUUAUUGCGAUUAUUAAUUGCAUUUAUCAGUUUCUUUUUUUCACAAGAAGUGAUCCAGACAUCUUGCAAAAUGAUGCAUGCAUUAAAAGAGCAAUGUGACUUUGAGCAAUCUCCUUUUCUCUUUUGGAGCAGCGAUUCCCUUCACCCCUUCGCAUGACAUGCCCUCCCCAUCGCGUGUCAAGGUUGGAGACUUAACACACUCCAAAAUAACGAUUUAGUUUUUGAAGGCGUUCCUGGACGUGGGAAAACUUGGAUCUCUGCAGAUCAGCUUUAGAGGAAAAAGGCUGGAUAAAAACGGAUGGGGCCCCUUGCACCCAUCGCCACCCAGUCUGGUAGUUAGUGACGAGUGUAUCAUGAGAGAUGCCCAUGGUCUCCUGGCACAGAGAACCUUCUGCCAGUUUUUCGUGGGGGUCUAGCUAUGCCCCUGUCCAGACAGAGACAGCUUGGCUUCAGUAACCUCUAGGUUAGAUUACUGCUGUGUGUUAUAUGUGGGGCUGCCUUUGGAGGUGGUUCAGAAACUGCAGAAUGCUGCAGUCAAAUUGCUGGCAGGGGUGGGUGUGUUGGUGGUCUGACCUCGUAAAACUUGUCUUAAGUCAGCUGAGCUCAGUUCGUUUCUGAGCUCAAUUCAAAGUGCUUGUUUUUCCUCUAUAAAACCUUGUCCAGUUCAGGUUCACAUCGAGAGAGGGGCUGUGUCCGGACUUUUAGAUGUCUGCCUGAAGCCCAUCUCUAAAUGCCCCUCUCCAAGAAAGGGACGCGGAUGGCGCUGUGGGUUAAACCACAGAGCCUAGGGCUUGCCGAUCCGAAAGUCGGCGGUUCAAAUCCCCACGACGGGGUGAGCUCCCGUUGCUCAGUCCCUGCUCCUGCCAACCUAGCAGUUGGAAAGCACAUCAAAGUGCAAGUAGAUAAAUAGGUACCGCUCUGGCAGGAAGGUAAAUGGCAUUUCUGUGCACUGCUCUGGUUCGCCAGAAGCGGCUUAGUCCUGCUGGCCACAUGACCCGGAAGCUGUACGCCGGCUCCCACAGCCAAUAAAGCGAGAUGAGCGCCGCAACCCCAGAGUCGGCCACAACUGGACCUAAUGGUCAGGGAUCCCUUUGCUUUUACCUUUAAGAGAAGUUUAGAACAGGCAUCCCCAAACUCGGCCCUCCAGCUGUUUUGGGACUACAACUCCCAUCAUCCCUAGCUAACAGGACCAGUGGUCAGGGAUGAUGGGAAUUGUAGUCCCCAAACAGCUGGCGGGCCAAGUUUGGGGGAUGCCUGGUUUAGAAUCUUCCCCUUCCCCAUUGAAGACUGCCUGGUGCCUGCUUAAACCUAUUUUUGGUGCCAGGUGAAAACGGCUCUCUCCUCCCAACCAUUUGUUGGCACAAGAUGUCCUUAUACAGCCAUAGGCAAACUCAGCCCUCCAGAUGUUUUGAGACUGCAAUUCCCAUCAUCCCUGACCACUGGUCCUGUUAGCUGGGGAUCAUGGGAGUUGUAGUCCCCAAACAUCUGGAGGGCCGAGUUUGCCUAUGCCUGUCCUUUUGCUUUAGCGGCUGGGGCUGCUCUGAGCUGCUGAUCAUUUCUUCAGAGGCUGGCUUACGAUUCUUGUUUUUAGAAAAUUAUCUCUCUUUCAAUCUGUUGCAAGUCGCCCAGAGACCACUUGGUGUCAGGCAACUAGCAAGUGAAAUGAAGAAUAUUAACACCGUGGCCAGCUCUGAAAACGCCUUCUGGGCAGAGAGGUCUGCUUUGGUUUCACUCCUGUUCUUUAUCCAUUCAGCUGUAGUAAUCUGUCUUAAAUGAUCCGAAUGAACUUCGUGGGAAAGAUCUCUGGAGAUCCAAGAGGAUUAAAUUCUGGGGGACCCCAAAAUCACUGCCUCCUGCGUGGAGCCGCUGUUUGUGCCCUUUUGGGGUGUGCUUCCACAUUCCAGAGAUAUUACACUUUUGGGAAGCGUGGGGGGGGGGGGGGAAGGUGCAUUUGCAGUUUAACAAAACAUUUCUGGGAAAGAUGUGCAGAAAAAGAAUAUUUGGUGUUUUAGUGUCCCAAAGUGUUUUUCAGACCUCUUCUGGGUAAUCCUCCCUGCCAGGCACAACAACAACAACAAAACAACAACAACAAUGUACUAUUUAUACCCCGCCUAUAUGGCAGGGUUUCCCCAGCUACUCUGGGCGGCUCCUAACAGAAUAUUAAAAGCACCAUAAAACAUCAAACAUUAAGACUUCCCUAAACAGGGCUGCCUUCAGAUGUCUUCUAAAAGUCGGAUAGUUCUUUAUUUCCUUGACAUCUGAUGGGAGGGCGUUCCACAGUGCGGCAGCCACCACCGAGAAGGCCCUCUGCCUGGUUCUAUAGUUUCUCGCAGGGAGGGAACCGCCAGAAAGCUCUCAGAGCUGGACCUCAGUGUCCAGGCAGAACGAUGGGAGUGGAGACGCUCCUUCAGGGAUACUGGCUGGAAGUCACUGUAUAGCUUUUCAGAGGCUGGCCAGUUACGUGCAACACUUUUGCGUCCAGUUAGUGCAAAAUGUAGCGGGUGACACUGGCUAACUUUUGGUUCCCAAAGGCAGCUGAGCCAUAUUCCAGGUGUUGAAAUAAUCCACCAGAGAUGCUGUCAGUGUAUGACGUUCCAGGAACCUGGGCUAGGAAAGCCUUUCGUCUGAUCCUUUUGUCUUCCUGAUGGCUUCUGCUGGGAGCCAUUCAUGCACCAGAGUCCUUCUGCUUCCUCACAGGGAGCAACGGGAGGGACGUGGAGUUGUUUUCAUCCUACAAAAGAGUUGAAAAGCGGCUCAUAGCUUUAGAUUUCAGCCCGCAAUGUGUUCGUUUUCCACCCGUGUCCAAACGCAGGGCUACAAAUAGCAGCGCAAAAACUGACUUUAUUAGGAUUUCUCAGUGAAGUUUGCCGAGGUGUUUGCCUCCAUUGCCAGCAGGUGGUGCUGUUGCUGCAGCAGAGAUCUCUGUGAGGGUCCCUGGAAUAAGCCCCCCCAGACCUGCUGCAUUGGCUGGCGGAGACCCCUGAGCAGUUUAAGGUUGGGGUCUGGACUCCUCCUUUUAAGACUCUCCCCAUUGUUGGUCUGGGCUUGUUGGAGGUGGGGGCCUGCAGCCUUGUGGGGCUCCCUUUCAAAGUUGCGAGUUGGAAUUUUUUUUGGGGGGGGGUGUCCGCCAUCGGCACAGAGUAAAGAGCCCCUCCUGCAGGAAAACUCUUCUGAGGUCCGUGACCCACAAGCGCCUUGCCAGGGGGCCUCUGUCUAGGUGUUGUUUUGCAGCUGUGCCCGGAUGCAAAGAAGCAGGUGGGCAGAUGUGGUGGUGGUGGGGAACGAUAGGGGUACAUGCCAGCAGAUUUCUGGGGGAGGGCUAGGCCUGCCCUGCAGGGAGGUGGUAUUCAGGAUCAGUUGUAGAUUGUACUGGAGGAGAAGGGGUGUAACCCAAGACCACCCCCCAGGUACAUCAUACCUACAUCACAGAAAAGGCUGUCUACAGCAGAAAUCUGAGUGCGUUGUUUAUCUCGUCUGACAGGUUACCUGUUUAAUGGUCACUUGACUGGAUUGCCUGGGGAGCCUGGCCAGUCUUUUGUAAUGAUAAAUACUUAGUUCCCGAGCCAGGUCACAGCCUCAGACCCUGUUCAUAUCUUAAAUGUGCCCUUAAGGCAGGAUUUGUGAAGGAAAAGACAAUAGGGAGGCUUUUCCAUUUUCCUUUGACCUUGCAGAGAAAACAUUUGGUCAGUUUGGGAAUCAAAAACAAUUUCAGGUCGGUCUUCCUGUGCUGAUCUAUGUAGGUGCUUGGUUGGUACAUUUAUGAACAUUUAUUAUAUAUCUAAGACUUUAAAAUUCUUAUCACACUUCCCUUGGGGCUUCUGGUUGGCCACAGCGAGGGCAGGAGGCUGGACUGAUCCGCCAGCUCCUCCUCGGGUUCUUACACAGGCGGCACCACAUCCACCGUCCUCAGGUCUUGUAAAAUUCGCAGCACUAGGGAGCUUGUUCGGGAAUGGUCAUUUGCCAGGGAUGCUUCAGCUGUGAUCCCCGCAUUGCAGGGGGUCAGGCUGGAUGGCCUUUGGGGGCACCUUCCCACUCUACAGCUCUUUGAAACUCCGGGUCUGAGAGAGGGGAAGAGGAGAGCCCGUUUGCUUCUUGAUGGCGGUGCAAGCAGGCCAGUUCCAGGGGAAGCGAAGCUCUCCUCCGCUUGACCUCCUGGAAAGUCACUGUCAACCACAGCAGAUCCUUCCUGCAUUGCAAAGGGUUGGGUUAAAUGACCCCUGGGGUCUCUUCUAACUCGAUCUGUGAUUCCAUCUUGCGUUAGGUGGAGCCAUGUGAUAGCUGCUUUGCGCCAGGCUUAGACUCUGGCCUGUCCUGUCCCCCCGAGAACUACAAGUCCCCGAGUGUCACAGUCCAGUUCACGGACGAUCAAAGUCCCGGCUGGGGACGUCGGGACCGGGGGCAAGAUGGUGGGGUGGGAGCAGGAACGGGAGUCCAGAAGCCAGGAGUCAGAAAGCCAAGAGUCAGAGGGUCAGAGAGCCAGGAGUCAAGAAGCCAAGGGUCCGAGGGUCAGGAAGCAAGGAGUCAAAUGCAGCAAGGCAGGGAACGUGUUGCUUGUGGCUAAGAGCCGAAGGGAAAUGCUGACCUUAUAACCUUUCCCAGCUCUUGCCACCAGGUGCAGCGAGUUACCAGUCAGCCUCACCUGUGUGGCCACACCUUGCCUCUUCAGAACAAACUUAGGAAGGCCCCAGUCCCGCAAAGUCCUCUUGGUCACAGGGCCCGGCUCCUGCACACACUCCUGACACAGAGUCCUUUGGCUCUUGUGGGCGUUUCCUCUGCCCAGGCAGGAGCAGCCGGCAGGUUGCAGCGCUGAAGGUGAAGCCAUCACCUGGUCCGCCUGGUGCUUCUGAAGGAGGGAUGCUCAGGCCCCAGGAUGCAUGCGAGGGAAGGAGAGAGGGAGAGAGAGAUGGCUGGCCUCUGGAGGGGAACCCGAGUUGGCAUUUGCCAAGGCCCUUGUGUAUAAUUAGCAGGUGAGCCUGGCAUGCGGUCAGAAACGCAAGGAGCUCGAGCGCAGAGCCUUGCAAAUUGCAGCACAGGGAACAAACGUGCAGUUGCUGUUGUCAAGAGAGGUAGCAGCCCAUGUCGAGGAGCGUCCUGGGGUUCCACAUCUCUAAACCGUCCUUUGCCUGUGGUUACUGCAGCCUUAUGGAUGCACUGAUCUGCUUAUAAAAAUGUUACAUUUGCAAUAAGGAUACAUAAAAACAUGCAGUAAAAACGAUAUAAAAAAGUUAAAAACAGGUACCAGUUAACCCUUGUGGAAAGAUGCACUCUUUUUUUUUUAACAUAAUUUUUAUUGAGUUUUCCAUAUUUCAUUUCAUUUUCAUUACACAAAUCCAUAACUUAAAGUAUUGCUCAAAAAGAGCAUUGACCUCCUUCCUUCCCUCUUUCUGACUUCCACAUAUCUUUAACAGAUUCAUCGCAUUUCUAUAACCACUUUUUUACCUUAUAUCUUCUUUUAACAUUCACCCUCUUAUAUGUAAAUCAGCUCCUUAUUUUCACAUUACCAAACAUUUCAAGUCAUUUUUUUUUUUAAAAAGUAUUUAUUAAAGUUUUAGGUUUACAAAAAGGCAAAAGUACAAACACCAAAUUAAACAAUAACAAAACCAACACAUCACAAUAAAAAACAGAAAGAUAGAAACAAUUAAAAACAAAAGAAAAAAAAACAAAAACAAAUCGAACCUUCCCAUAACUUAUCUUUCAUUUGCUUGUUUCCCUGACCUCCUCACACCUCCCAUUUUUGUAUUCUAAGUCAAUUAUCCGUUUCAGCAAAUCCUUUCCCUCUCUUCAGAAUUUUUAUCCUGAAAAUUUAUCUUAAUCUUGAUAUAAGUUUACUUUCCCUCUUUUCACCAAUUAACAGUCUAUUUUUCUUAAAUCUUUGAUACAUUUUUGCUAAGAUCACAUAGAUUCAUUCCAACAUCAUUCUAACAUUCAUUAAAUUUACAAUAUUUCUGUAAAUAGUCUUUAAAUUUUUUCCAAUCUUCUUCCACCGACUCUUCUCCCUGGUCUCGGAUUCUGCCAGUCAUUUCCGCCAAUUCCAUGUAGUCCAUCACCUUCAUCUGCCAUUCUUCCAGCAUGGGAAGUUCUUGUGUCUUCCAAUACUUUGCAAUAAGUAUUCUUGCUGCUGUUGUGGCAUACAUAAAGAAAGUUCUGUCCUUCUUUGGCACCAUUUGGCCGACCAUGCCCAGGAGAAAGGCCUCUGGUUUCUUCAGAAAGGUAUAUUUAAAUACCUUUUUCAUUUCGUUAUAGAUCAUUUCAAGUCAGACCUACAAACAUUUUCAAACAUUUACAGUUUUCUUUCAAAUAAGAUAUCAAUUUGCUCCAGCCCUUUGGAAAGGAAAGAUUCACUCUUGAUUGCCUGCAUAGAAAAGUUUGUGGCAGGUGUUUAAAAGUUGGCCCAGAAGGCGCCUGCUGAAUCUCUGGUGGCAGAGAGUUCCAAAGGACUGGGUCAAUGACACAAAAGGCUUAGUUUACUUGCUGUUGUCAAUGGAGCCUUGCCAACUUGGGGAAUGACCAGCUAUGUCCCUGCAGAUGAUCUCGGUGAUCCCUGCAGAUAAAUGAUCCCCUCAGAGAUGAAGGCGGGUGACAUUGAUUUGUUGUCGGCGUCCAUCUGUCUUGAGAAACAAUGGACUGCUCCUCCGGGGAUGACGCUAAAUGGUUUUGUGCAGGAGGACUGGGCAGCGUGUCAGGAGGUCCUCCUGGGCUGCCCUGCUCCCAUGGCUGCCAGAUUCAGUGCCCGUCCGCAUGGGCACCCUGGGCACACGGGGCCUCUCCAGAGGGGCUCCAUCCAGCUUCUUCCUGGGUUUAUCUGCUUUUAGCUCUAAGGAAGCAACCGUGUUGGCUUCCUGUCUUGCACUCCCUGCUCCCUCUUUUUUUAAAUAUAAUUUUUUAAAAUUCAUUUUUCUUUGAACAUUUAUCAUCAUACACAAAUCUUAAAUCACUUUGCUAAUAGGAUUUGCGGAAUCCCCGGAUUUCCUCCACCCUCCGUGGUUUCCCCAGAUAUUCUUUUCAAACGGCAUCUUACAAUGUUCUCCAUAUUUUCUUAAAUCUCAUGUUUUUAUCCUAAUUCUUGCUUCAUUGCAAGUGUUUUUAAAAUCCUGCCAGUGUUUUCAGUUGUUUGUAAUGUUCUUUCAAGUAACUUACAAAAUUCCCCCAUUCUUUAUUAAAUUAAAACCGUCCUCUUAAUCUCUGAUCUUCCCAGUCAUUUUCACCAAUUCGGCAGAGUCCAUCACCUUUAUCAGCUAUUCUUCUUUUGUAAAUUUUCCUUCCAUCUUUGGGCAAGUAGCAGCUGCUGUAGCCUACAUAAAUAGUUUCUUCUGAUCCUUAGGUAUUUCUGUACCUAAAAUUCCUAAUCAAAAAGCUUCAGGGUUGUUGUUUUUUACAAAAGUUAUUUUUAACAUUUUUUCCAGCUCAUUAGAAAUCAUUUCCCAAUAUGCUUUUUUGCACUCCCUGUUCUUGCCUCUGCCAUGGGGUCUUUUUAUUUGGGGUGGGGGGUCGGAGUUCCCUGGCAGCUGGCGCUCUGUGCCAACUCUCCUGGGGUUUGCCAGCAAAGCUCAGGGUGGGUCCCUUGUGGUUGUGGGGAAACAGCCCCCUUCCCUGCCCCACAGAGUUGGCUGCUAGAAGGGGAAGCUUCUGGGGGCGUCACCCACCCCCAGGGGGACCAGAGGAGACAGAGGCAAGCCGGCAGCUCUCUCCCAAGCAUAGAACUGUAGAAGUGGAAGGGACCACGAGGGUUGUCUAGUCUGACCCCCCGCAACGCAGGAAUCUUCCGCCCAGUGUGGAACUCGAACCCUCAACCCGGAGGUUAGAAGUUUCGUGCUCUACCAGCUGAGCUGUCCCACAGGCCCUGAACAGAAUUACUUUGGGAGCGGUGGUGAGGGGGCUUCCUUAAAAAGGAGGGUGGCCGUCUUGCAGAGCUGGCUAAAGAGUUUUUUUGGGGGGGAGUGCAGAGGAUUUUGGCUGUGGGGGAGGGUCAGGUUUGCUUGGAAAUGGGGCUUUGUAUUCCUGUCUUCGCAAGGAAUUUGUGGAAGUUUCCUUCAGUGGACGAAACAAAGAUGGGGGGGGGUUGGGAGGAGGGGAGGCUGGACAAGGAAGAGCCAUAGUUGCCUUCCUUCCUCUUCCUCUUCCCUUUUCCCUUUCCUUUUCCUUUUCAUUUGACAUUUUCAGUACUUAUAUCUUCUAGACCAGGGGUCAGCAACCUUUUUCAGCAGGGGGCUGGUCCACUGUCCCUCAGACUUUGUGGGGGGCCGGACUAUAUUUUUGGAAAAAAAUGUGAACAAAUUCCUAUGCCCCACAAAUAACCCAGAGAUGCAUAUUAAAUAUCAAAUCAAUCUUUAUUACGGUCCAGAGACCCAACAAAUCGUUACAAAGCAAUGCACAAUUCAGACAGCCUACCUCCAGGUUAAACAAGCAUUUUGUUCAAAAGAUAGGGAUCAUUGGUUCUUGCAACCACCGAUAAAAACUUCGCCCCUGCUAAUGUUCUAGCGUUUGUCCAGUCUUCCAAUAGGAACCUGACAUAGUGAGCCUCUGAUUUUCCCAGGAAAGGGACCAGCAAAGGUAAUAUCAGUUCAGCCCCGGUUUGCUCAUAUUUCACACAGUGCAGCAAAAUAUGUUUUAUGGAAUUGAUGUCUUGAGCACAGGAGCAAAUAAAAGGACACGUUCUACUCAUGUAAAAACACGCUGAUUCCUGGACCAUCCGUGGGCCGGAUUGAGAAGGUGAUUGGGCUGGAUCCGGCCAUGGCCCUUAGGUUGCCUACCCCUGCCUUAAGACAGGAUUUGUGAGCAAAGAGACAAUGGGGAGGCUUUUCCAUUCCCUUCCUCCUUGCAGAGAAAUAUUUAAGGUGACUGAAAGCUUCAAAAUGGCUUUAGGACUGUUUUCCUGUACUUUUUCCAGACACGUGGUUUAUAUAUUGAUGUAUUUGUGUGUUUUUUUUAAAAUGAUAUUUAUUAAAAUUUCAGAGAAAAAAAGAAUUACAGAAAAACAAAAAGUAAAAAUACAAGAAAAAUACAAAAUACAGAAUAAAAGAAUAAAAGACACUUAAAAAGAGAAAAAAGAAAAAUGGGUCAAUCUUUCCAUAGCUUACAUUCAUAUCCUUGUUUCCCUGACCUCCUCAUACCUCCCUUUUUUGUAUUCCAGUUCAAUUAGUUAAGUCAGCAAUUUCUUUCCCUCUUUAUUUUCUCAUUUCUCCUUUAACUUAAUAUACUAUAACUUUAAGUUUUCAUCUAUUAACAAUCCUUUUUUACAUACACCUUUAUAGCAUUACUGCUUAAACCACCUAACUUCAUUCCAACAUCAUUCUAACAUUCAUUAAUUUUGCAAUAUUUCUGUAAAUAACCUUUAAAUUUCUUCCAAUCUUCUUCCACCAACUCUUCUCCCUGGUCUCGGAUUCUGCCAGUCAUUUCCGCCAGUUCCAUAUAGUCUAUCACCUUCAUCUGCCAUUCUUCCAGAGUGGGUAGGUCUUGUGUCUUCCAAUACUUUGCAAUAAGUAUUCUUGCUGCUGUUGUGGCGUACAUAAAGAAAGUUCUGUCCUUCUUUGGCACCAAUUGGCCGACUAUGCCUAGGAGAAAGGCCUCUGGUUUCUUCAGAAAGGUAUAUUUAAAUACCCUUUUCAUUUCAUUGUAAAUCAUCUCCCAGAAAGCCUUAAUCCUUGGGCACGUCCACCAAAGGUGAAAGAAUGUACCUUCAGUUUCUUUACAUUUCCAACAUUUAUUAUCGGGCAAAUGAUAGAUUUUUGCAAGCUUGACUGGUGUCAUGUACCACCUGUAUAUCAUUUUCAUAGUAUUCUCUCUUAGGGCAUUACAUGCCGUAAAUUUCAUACCUGUGGUCCACAACUGUUCCCAGUCAGCAAACAUAAUAUUGUGUCCAACAUCUUGUGCCCAUUUAAUCAUAGCAGAUUUCACCGUUUCAUCCUGAGUAUUCCAUUUCAACAGCAAGUUAUACAUCUUUGACAAAAUCUUGGUUUUGGGUUCUAACAGUUCUGUUUCCAAUUUUGAUUUUUCCACCUGGAAGCCAAUUUUCUUGUCCAAAUUAUAUGCCUCCAUUAUCUGAUAAUAAUGAAGCCAGUCUCGCACUUUGUUUUUUAAUUUCUCAAAACUCUGCAAUUUCAGUCUAUCUUCAUCUUGUUCCAAAAUUUCCCAAUAUUUCGGCCAUUUGACCUCCAUAUUGAGCUUUUUCUGAGCUUUCACUUCCAUCGGUGACAGCCAUAUAUUGAUGUAUUUGUUUGCCUUGUACAGUUAUGAACAUUUAUUUUAUAUACAAGAUCUUUAAAUUCCUAUAACAACCCCGUGAGCAGAAAUUGGGGCUCUCAGGUGUCUCUGCAUUGGGGGGACACCAGGCUGCUCCCCGUUCCUGAAAGAAUCGCAGUGGGGAUCCAGAACACUUUUACUGGUUGUCCCCAUCCCCAAUUUUCUCUAUUCUUUCUAGAACACUUUCAGAACAAAGCAUUGCCUAAAAUUAACUGCAGGCCCUUGCUCACAGUUUACAGGAUAAUGGACAAGGACAGGAAGGGGAGCCGAUUCAAAGACAAGAGCCAUCUAGUCCAGGGGUCCGCAGACUUUUUCAGCAGGGGGCCGGUCUACUGUCCCUCCGACCUUGUGGGGGGCCGGACUAUAUUUUGGAAAAAAUAAAAAUGAACGAAUUCCUACACCCCACAAAUAACCCAGAGAUGCAUUUUAAAUAAAAGCACACAUUCUACUUAUAUAAAAACACACUGAUUUCCGGACCGUCCGUGGGUUGGAUUUAGAAGGCGAUUGGGCCGGAUCUGGCCCCCGGGCCUUAGGUUGCCUACCCCUGUUCGCUUUUGGCCCCCAGUGGCUUUUGGGUGUGUCUGUCCCCUUCGGCCGUGUGUGUGUGUGUGUGUGUGUUUUUUGGGGGGGCUCUUGCUGUGCGAACUCCUUGGGGAGGGGGAGAUGCUGUUCUGUGAGCCUGACUCUGCUGCUCCUGCCGCUUGUCUCUUGCAGCCCCCACCCCGUCAAGCCCAUCAGCAGCUCUCCGGGGCCAGCCCCCCCUCAGGAGGAGGAGGAGGAGAAGCAGAGGCCAGCAGACAGCCUGACCCCUGUCCGGAGCGGCGGCCAGGAGCGCGAGCCGGGCAGCGCCGUCAGCGUCACUGCGGGGGGAGCGCCCACCUCCCAGCUGGAGAAACCGGAGCCCAAAAGGGUAAAAGGGGAUGGACGGAAGGGUUGGGGGAUGUGGGAGGAAAUGCCCCAAGGGCGGCAGAGGUGGGGGCUCUUUCCUGGGAGGGGGGGCUUCCAGUGUCCUUGAAGAAGAACCUUUAAUUUGAAGUGUGUUCAUAAGAAGAGCGUGCAGGACCAGGCUGAAGGGGCCCACCCAGUCCAUCACCCUGUUUGCACAGGGGAGACCCAGAAGCAAGGUUCCUGUGGCAGGGAGCUCCAUAGUUUAACCCUGUGCUGCGGGAAGAAGGGACUUCCCUGUCCUCUUGGGCUGGUAGAUUAUUUUUGUGCCCCCUUGGGAUUCCCCCCUGUUUCCCCCUCCGCCACGGGGGCCAUUCUGCCUCAAAAGAAGACCCUGCUCCGACAGAUCCCAUAGCGCUCGCUUUUCCCAGGCCCAGUUCCUGGAAGCCCCCUGGCUGCCUCCUGCUGCCCCACCAGAGUGCCCCGCUGGAGGCAGAGCAGCCUGGCUUGGCCUUCCUGGGGGUGGGGGGUGGGGGGGUCUGAAAUGGGCCCCUUUGGCCUCAUCCAGCAGUCUCUCCUGGUGUUCCUAAAAUUCUCCUCUGUGAAUUUCUGCCCCCUGUGCGACAUUAUUAUUAUUAUUUUUAUUAUUAUUAUUAUUAUUGCUUGCUGGUCCUUGUCCUGAUGGAGAGAAAGGUCUUGCUUCUCCGCUGACCGCAGACCCCUCCCUCUGUCCCCCCCCCAGGACUCUUCCGCGCUGGAUCCGUCCGCCAAGUAUUACCACCUGACGCACGACGAGCUGAUCCAGCUGCUGCUGAAGCGAGAGGCGGAGCUGAGCCAGACGCAGGAUCAGGUCCGCGAGCUGGAGAACUACAUCGACCUCCUCCUGGUGCGCAUCAUGGAGCAGUCUCCCCGGCUGCUGCAGAUCCCCCUGGAGGGGGAGCCCAAGGCAGCCAAAUAACGCCCCCACCCCCCUUUCCACCCGCCACGCCUCUGCCCUCCCCACUCUUGAGUUCCCGGCCCCCUCUCCUGGCUCAAGGCGGCCCCCCGGGAAGGAGAGGCCCUGCGGGAAGGACCCUUUGCUUCCGGACCUCUGGGCCACGGGCAACCGGACGCCGGUGUUUGUGGGACGCAGCCGGUUUUGAGCAAGACGCCGUUCUCUGGAGAGUCGCUCGCCUCCUGUCCUGCAAGCUUCCCGGUCCAUCGCAGCACCCGCAGUUACGCCCAGGGCUCGGACCCGCUCCCCGUCCCCUGGGAUGGUGACUCUGGCUGGCUGUUGGCUCCCUGUCGGUGGGGGUGGUGGGUGUUCCUUGGGGAGCGGGGAGCCAGCCGACAUGGCCGAAGGAUGGACUGCGAAACCAGGGAGAUGGAUUGUGCAGGAAAGACCUCCUGGUGGGCCGAGGGCACGGCGUGCAGACCCCACCACUGUUCUCCUUGAGGGCUAGCGUCGCCCAGCCUGCGCCAACCACUCAGCACCUCGCCAGGUUCACCUGCCCCCGGGGGGCAAGAGAGGGGGCUGCCUAGGACUUGGGGUGCUGUCCUGGCCCAGCGCCUGGCACUCUUUUCAUUGCAUGCUGGAAUAAGUUGCAACCCGUCUCUGCCUCUGCCUGCCUGCCCUCUUCCUUCUCUUUCUCUGCUUGGGGUGGCGGCAGGGACUUGGCAGGAGGGCACCGCAGUGGCACCUCGUCCUUUUUGCACCCCUCCCACCUGCUGCGAUAAUCAGAACAAAAACAGUGUGCCUUUUCUUUCGCGGGGAGGACAAAUGCGCCGGAGCAUCUCCAGGCUUGUGCGCUGCGUCGUUCGUGGCAACUCGUGCGCUCCAGACCAGCGGAAGCACACGGGGAAAUGUCCUCAGGCAGGGCAGGGGGGCUUGGUGUCAUCGCCAGAAGCCCUGGGCAAAAGUCUCUGGGUGCCCAGAGGAAGGAAGACCCUGCUUCUUAGCGGGUGACCAAACGGCACGGGACCAAAGUGUGCGGUUCCUUCAAGGUGGCUUCCUCUUCUGGGUUUCCUUCUCAGACCUGGGGGUGCACUCAGGCCUUGCAGUAUCUCUGCUUUGCCUUGGGGUGCCCUGGCCCUUUCCUGCCCCAGGAGGAGACCUGUGCAGCCUGCACCCCCCCAACACACACCUGGCCCUUGGGGAAUGGCGAUGCCUUUGGGGGGAGCUCCAGCCCUCGGUUCCACCCCUCACGCAUCCCUUGCGCAUCAUCCCUUGCGCAUCUCUCUGCCCUUAACGGUGGGCUGUGGAUUUUUCCUGGUCCAGAAAGGGGCUGGCAGGCUGCGGAGAAUCCUGUCCGCUUCUCCCAGGGUUGUGAUUGUGGACCACUGAUUCUUUUCUUACUCUGCCCACCUGGGGAGUGCUAUAUCCUUCUCCCCACCCCACCCCCCGCAAUGGCUGCAGGGGGGGGCUUUCCCCCUUGCCCCCCCACCUACAGCCUCCCGGUCAGCUCGCCCGCCAGCCACAGCCUCCUUCCCUCCCCUUCAGCCGCUCUCUAUCCGGAGCAGCUAACGGUGGAGGAACUCUGUCCGGCCUUUGCGUUGCCCCUUGGUUCAGCUGCCCGCGGGCGAUGGAGGAGCUCAGCAGAAAGGUUGCAGGCCCUUCUGGCCUUGGCAUGGCUUGGAGAGGAGCCUUUGGGCAAGGAGGAAGGAGCGCCAGGGACCCAUGAGGUGGGCUGAGCCAGGGCGUUCUCCGUUUGCCUUUGCCAGGAGAGGGGCAAGCCUGUUGGUUGCCUGCCUGUGUGGGGGCCUCCAUGGCCCACUCGCUGCAGGAAGGUCGUUGGCGCUGAGCUCCGGCCCCUGAGGUCCUCUGACCCCCCCCCAAGCUGCCCAGCCUCCUUUCUCUCCCCAGGGAGCUGGGGCUGCAAGGUUCACCCAUCGACUCCCCGGAUCCCAGUGCCAAAAAUGCGCAGCUGCCUUGCUCCUUGUCCCCCUCCUGGAAUUGGGGUGCUGCUGCCCCCCACAUCCUUGUCUGGAAGCUUUAAAAGGGGGAGGAGAGCCGGCUGCCCCCAUCCCAAGACGGUAGUUGUUGGGAAGGAUUUUCAGGGGUGCGUUUUGAGAGGGCGGGGGAAUAUUUCUGGAUUUGCAGGGUCUUCGCUUUUGAGGGUGGUUCUCAUCAACAGUUUGCCUCCACGUUUCUCACGUUCUGCCAAAUAAGCCUCACGACCCACAGCAGGUUUCUUUCAACCCGGUGCCCUUCCAAAGUCACGGACUGCAGCCCCCUAAGGCUUUUGUGGGCACCGGGUUGGGAAAGGAGAAAUGUACCAUUCAGUAUUUCCUGGGGGUUCUUACCUCCUGACAAGAGUUUCCUUGCAGUGUUCUGCGUGGGGCCGGUUGGUUUCGUUUAAUUGUUCGUUUGUGUUCCUCUCCUGGCCCAAAGGGCCACCGGCCAGCGCCAAGCAAACCGUGUCCCAAGGAGAGCAGUGUUAGUUAACGUCUUCCUUCCCUUUGAGCAAGUUUGGGAGCACCUCUGCCCCCCUCCACCCCACCCCACGGGGCAAUUUUACUCCCAGUCAUGGGGUUCAUGCUGAGGUGCUCACUUGUAUUAAGAAUCUCAUUGGGUGAUGUUUGUUUAAAAAGAGGGGGGAAAGCUUGUUCUGUUUUAAGCACUUUAAAGGAAAAAUAAAAUAAAACGGUUGGAUUUGUUGCUUAGAAA